GUCAUUCUUCGCUCGCACCUCAGAAACGAUCAACGUCUUGGUUUCAGUCUCGGGGAUUAUGACUUGAAACAGUUUGAAAAUAGAUAUUUUUUAAAAGAACAUACAUAUAUCUAUAUCUAAACGCACCGCACGGUACAGAUAUAUGUAUACGUUCGCAGCCAUUUCGUUCGCUUAGAGCCCCGCACACACGCAAAUAUAUAUAGAACGUCGAAAGGAUAUCGCAAUUUCGACAAUUUAAAGAAGCGACCAAAGAGAGAUAAAUAUAUAUAGAAGUAUAUCAAGUGAAGAAGCAAAUCAAAGAAAGAGUGAUCGCGAGGUGUUCAAUUCUACAGUGCAGUUCAUUCUGCCACGAUUUGGUUGUCAUUUUAAAUGAUAUAUAGUGAUAUAUAACGCAGCAAAAUGCAACGACAAAAUCCGAACCCGUACCAGCAGCAAAACCAGCAGCACCAGCAGGUGCAGCAGUUCUCCAGCCAGGAGUACUCGCACUCCAGCCAGGAGCAGCACCAGGAGCAAAGGAUUAGCCGCACCGAGCAGCACGUCCAGCGCAGCCAGGUCACCACCCAGCGGCAAGUGCAACAACAUCAUGGUGGCAGCAUUGGGGGCGCCUACGUGCCCCCUUCGCUGACACACGUGUACGCCCAGGGCGACAUCUCGCCGCCCGUCUUCGAGCAGAUCUUCAAGAACGCUCGCUUCGCCCAGGGCGGCAAUGCCCUGUUCGAGGGACGCCUGCGUGGCAACCCGAAGCCAUUCGUGACCUGGACCAGGAAAGGCGCACCCCUGCUCGAGUCGCAGAAGUUCCGGAUGAGCUACAACGAAGCCACCGGCGAUGUGUCCCUGCUGAUCAAUCAGAUCGGACCCGGGGACGAGGGCGAGUACACGUGCACUGCCCGCAAUCAGUAUGGCGAGGCCAUCUGCAGCGUCUACAUCCAGCCGGAGGGAGCACCGAUGCCCGCCCUGCAGCCCAUCCAGAAUCUGGAGAAGAACAUCUACUCGAACGGUUACUCGUACACCUCCAUUGAGGAGGAGUUCCGUGUGGACACGUUCGAGUACAGGCUGUUACGCGAGGUUUCCUUCCGUGAGGCCAUCACCCGUCGAUCUGGCUACGAGCAGGACUCCCAGCUCUCCCAGGAGCUGGACCGCAACCAGGGUCCUGCGCAGGCGCCGCAAAUCUCGCAGAAGCCGCGUAGCUCCAAGCUGAUCGAGGGAUCCGAUGCCGUGUUCACCGCACGCGUAGGAUCCAACCCCAAGCCCCGGCUCACCUGGUUCCAUAAUGGCCAGCGAUUGGUGGCCUCGCAGAAGUACGAGAUCUCCUAUUCGAGUGGAGUGGCUACUCUUCGCGUGAAGAACGCCACGGCUCGCGAUGGCGGUCAUUACACCCUGCUCGCCGAGAAUCUGCAGGGCUGCGUGGUUUCAUCCGCCGUGUUGGCCGUGGAACCUGCUGCGGAAACCGCCUACGAACCGAAGCCCGUGGACGUAAUGGCCGAGCAAUUGGAGGCCGGCAAAGCUUUGCCGCCAGCCUUUGUGAAGGCUUUCGGAGAUCGCGAGAUUACCGAGGGUCGCAUGACCAGGUUUGAUUGCCGCGUUACUGGCAAUCCUUACCCCGAGGUCUUUUGGCUUAUCAACGGCCGGCAAGUGCGCGACGAUGCCUCGCACAAGAUUCUAGUCAACGAAUCGGGCAGCCACUCGCUGAUGAUCACCAAUGUGACGCGUUUGGAUGCCGGAGCUGUCCAAUGUCUGGCCCGCAACAAGGCCGGUGAAGUGGCCAUCGAGGCACAGUUAAACGUGUUGGAAAAGGAACAAGUUGUCGCACCACAAUUUGUCCAACGUUUUAGCACCAUGACUGUGCGCGAAGGCGAGCCGAUCACCAUGAGUGCCAAUGCCAUUGGAACUCCGCAGCCACGUAUCACCUGGCAGAAGGACGGCGUCCAGAUCUCGUCCACCGCCGACCGCUUUGUGGGCAUCGACGGAGGAGCCACCUGCCUGGAGAUUCCACGCGUCACUGCCAACGACGCUGGAUGGUACCAGUGCACCGCCCAGAACAUCGCUGGAUCCACGGCCAAUAGGGCCAGGCUGUAUGUAGAGGUUCCCAGGGAACAACCAAGUUACGAGCAGCGUCGUCUCAAUCUCCCGAGACCAACGAAAGUCAUCGAGCCAGAACCCAUUCCUGGCCCUGAAAUCAUCUACCUUCGCCAUGUGGAGCGCGCCAAGCCCCACCUGCGCCCUGGUGAGGAGGAUCGCGUUUAUCCGCCGCCUCAGUUCAUCAUCCCGCUGCAGAAUGUGCAGCAGACCGAAGGUGGCCGUGUUCACAUGGAGGCCCGCAUUGAACCAGUUGGCGAUCCCACCAUGGUCGUCGAGUGGUACCUCAAUGGCCGUCCGCUGGCAGCCAGUGCCCGCGCUACAUCCGUUUUCAAGUUCGGAUUUAUCGCUCUGGAUCUUCUGAGCAUUAUGGGUCACGACUCCGGCGAGUACAUGUGCCGCGUGACCAACGCCAGCGGAGUGGCUGAGUCUCGCGCUAUUCUGUCCGUGGUGCAACGCCCCUCCAUUGAACAAUCUUCGCAAAACCCCAACAGUCUGCAAUACAUCAACCAGUUGGAGGAUUACUCGCGCUACCAGCGCACAGAGAGCAUCGAUGAGCAGCUCAACCAGGCGCCCCAGUUCAUCCGCCCACUCCGCGAUCUGGGCGAAUUCGAGGAGGGCAAGAACGUUCACUUUGAGGCUCAGGUUACACCUGUGAAUGAUCCAUCCAUGAGAGUGGAAUGGUACAAGGACGGACUGCCCAUCACGGCUAGCUCCCGCAUCACUGCCAUCUUCAACUUCGGCUAUGUCUCCCUGAACAUCUUGCACCUGAGAGCCGAAGAUGCUGGCACUUACACUGUGCGUGCAGUGAACCGCAUUGGAGAAGCCAUCAGUCAGUCCUCAAUUCGUGUCCACUCUCGUUCCCAAGUUACUGCUGAUCUGGGUAUACCCGAACAGCAGCGAUACAUCGAAAAGGUGGAGGAACUGGAGGAUUACCGAAAGUCCCAGCAGCGGCGUCAUGUCCAAGAGGCUGCCGAGGCUAUUGCCCCGCCCCAAUUCAAGACACCGAUCCAGAACCAGUUGGAUCUGCGCGAGCACGCGCAUGCGCACUUCGAGGCAAGACUUGAACCCGUUGGAGAUUCAACCAUGCGCGUCGAGUGGCUGAAGGAUGGACAGCCUCUGGAAGCCAGUUCCAGGAUCACCACCUACCAUAACUUUGGCUACGUGGCGCUGACCAUCAAGCAACUGACUAUCUAUGACGCCGGCACCUACACCUGCCGCGCCUACAAUGCGAUGGGUCAGGAUACCACCGUGGCUCAGCUUACGGUUAUCUCCAAGAACGAAAUCGUUUCGGAGUCGCAGCACCCAGGUGGUCUGCAGAAGAUCCAGCAUCUCGAGGACUCGUCGCGCUACGGGCGUCGCGAGGAGGAGGAGACCUACAUCACCCAGGCUCCCCGUUUCCUCGGCCCCCUCAAGGGAACAACCAAAAUCCUCGAGGGUCAGCGCGCUCACUUUGAGGCCCGUGUUGAGCCCCAGAGCGAUUUGGGUCUGGUGAUCGAGUGGUACCACAACGGUCGCUCCAUCACAGCCGCUAAUCGCAUCCAGACAUACUACGAUUUCGGUUAUGUCGCCCUGGAUAUUUCCCAGGUUCGCGCUGAAGAUGCUGGCGUCUACCUCGUGGUGGCUAGGAACAAGCUAGGUGAAGCUCAGCAGCAAGCAACGAUGAUAGUGGAAACUCGUUCCAGUAUCGACACAUCUAGCAUGCACCGCGGCCUGUACGAGAAGACUCAAAACUUGGAAAACAAGCCGUUCGUGGAGCCUCAGUAUGACAUCGAAGAGAUCUCGAAGUCAAAGCCGGUGUUUGUGACACCACUAAGUGAUCCAAAGCCUAUCCACGAUGGCAAGAACAUCCAUCUGGAGUGCCGCCUUGAACCGAUGGGUGAUCCCACCAUGCGCGUCGAGUGGUUCCACAACGGUCGCCCCGUUACUGUGGGUUCCCGAUUCCGCACUUACUAUGACUUUGGUUUCGUAGCUUUGGAUAUUAUCAAGGCCACGGCCGCCGAUUCUGGCGAAUACACUGUGAGGGCUACCAACCAUUUGGGUACUGCCCACACUUCAGCCUGCGUUCGUGUGAUCGACCACACGGACGUUGUGACUGAGACUCAGAACGAACAAUCGCUGGAGCAGAUCCAAUUGCUCGAGGACUCUAGGCGCCGUCAUCACCAGGAGGAGGAUAUCACCAUCAUGCAAGCGCCCCAGUUUACCAGGGCCCUGCACAACAUUGAAACUAUUGAGGGUACCAACGUGCACUUGGAGUGCCGCCUGCAGCCCGUGGGAGAUCCUAGUAUGCGCAUCGAGUGGUUCGUAAAUGGAAAGCCUGUUAAGACAGGACAUCGAUUCCGUCCAGCGUACGAAUUCGAUUAUGUGGCUUUGGACUUGCUUGGCUGCUACGCCAUCGACUCUGGCGUGUACACCUGCCAGGCCAGGAACCAAUUGGGUGAAGCCGUAACCUCCUGUUCCGUGCGAAUUAUCGCUAAAAAUGAUUUAAUUUUGGAGACCCAAAAUGAGUCGGGUCUUCAGAAGAUCCAAUACUUGGAGGACUCGACCCGCCAUCGCCGCAGCGAGUUCGUCGACGAGGUUGUGAACAUUCGUCCACGAUUCCUCACCCAUCCCAAAAGCUUGACCAACACCCGAGAGGGUGGUCACGCUCACUUCGAGUGCAAGAUCGAGCCGGUGACUGACCCGAACCUCAAGGUGGAGUGGUUUAAGAACGGACGUCCCAUCACUGUGGGUCACCGCUUCCGUCCCAUUCAUGACUUCGGUUAUGUGGCCUUGGACAUUGUCCAUUUGAUUGCGGAGGACUCGGGUGUCUACACUUGCAGGGCCGUUAACCUGAUUGGGUCUGACGAAACCCAAGUGGAGCUGCAGUGCCGCAGUGGUGAGCAGAUUGUUACUGUCACCCAGAACGAGGCCGGUCUUGAGCAGAUCCAUUACCUAGAGGAUCGUUCGCGGUAUACCCGACGUGAGGAAAUCGAUGAAAGCACCAAGCAGGCUCCGGUGUUCACUACAUCGCUGAAAAAUGUUGAGAUCAAGGAGAACCAGAGGGCCCACUUUGAAUGCCGUCUGAUUCCUGUUUCUGAUCCGUCAAUGCGCGUGGAAUGGUACCAUAACAAUCUUCCACUUAAAUCUGGUUCCCGAUUCACUGAGACCAAUAACUUCGGCUUUGUGGCCUUGGAUAUUAUGUCCACUCUGCCCGAAGAUGCCGGCACUUAUACAUGCCGCGCCUAUAACGCUGUGGGUGAGGCCAUUACCUCUGCUGUAGCUGUUGUGCACACUAAGAAGUCCAUCUACCUGGAGUCCCAGCACGAAACAGCUCUGCCACGUCUGCAGCAUUUGGAGGAUGGCUCCAAGCGCCAGCGCAUCAGCGUCCAGGACGAAUUCGUCUCCCAGGCACCUGUCUUCACCAUGCCGGUAAGGGAUGUGCGUGUGGCUGAGAACCAGGCGGUGCACUUUGAGGCUCGCUUGAUUCCAGUGGGAGAUCCGAAAUUAAAGGUUGAGUGGUUGCGCAACGGUCAACCUAUUGAAGCAUCCAACCGCACUACCACCAUGCAUGAUUUUGGUUAUGUGGCUCUCAACAUGAAGUAUGUGAAUCCCGAAGACUCUGGAACCUACACCUGUCGGGCCGUCAACGAGCUGGGUCAGGCGGUUACCUCCGCCUCGCUCAUUGUGCAAUCUAAGACCUCCAUUCAACUGGAGACCCAGCACGAAGCCGCCAUGCACAAGAUCCACCAGCUGGAGGAUCACAGCAGGUACCAACGCAGGGAGGAGGAGGAGUACACGGUGACCACCGCCCCGGUAUUUGUUACCAAGCUUAUUGGACCCAGCAAACUAGUUGAGGGUCAAAGUGCCCACUACGAGUGCCGCAUUGAACCCUACCCGGAUCCCAACCUUAAGGUGGAGUGGUUCCACAAUGGAAAGCCACUGAGCACUGGUCAUCGUUUCCGCACCACGUAUGAUUUCGGAUUUGCCGCCUUAGAUAUUCUCACUGUCUAUGCUGAGGACAGCGGCGAGUACACUUGCCGAGUCACCAACAACCUGGGUGAAGCCAUCAACUCGAUUGUGCUCAACGUCACCUCACGCUCAUCCAUCAUUCACGAGACUCAGCACGAGGAGGCUCUGACUAAGAUCCAGCAUCUGGAAGAUAGUUCCCGAUUCCAGAGGAAAACCGACGAGGAGCAGUUCCAUGCCGAACGUCCUCAGUUCGGCCGCCCUCUGCGUAAUGCCAAGGUCAACGAGGGAGCUCCCGUCCACCUGGAGGCCACAUUAAUUCCUGUGAAUGAUCCUACCAUGAAAGUGGAGUGGUACUGCAACGGUAGGCCCAUACAGACUGGUCACCGCUUCAAGACCACCUACGAUUUUGGCUUCGUGGCGUUAGAUAUUCUGUAUGCCCAUGCCGAAGACACCGGCACCUACAUGUGCAAGGCCAAGAACGCUAUUGGAGAAGCUGUCACGACUUGUGCUGUAAACGUAACAGCAAACAAGACACUCGAUCUGGACACCUUGGAUGCUCAGCGUUUAGAGAAGAUCCGCCAACUGGAAACAUAUGCGCCUCCACCUAAGCCCGUCGUUGAGGAGAAGGGCCAGAAACCCAUUUUCCUCACACCUCUAAGCAACCUAGAACACUUGAAGGAGGGCGAGCACGCCCACUUGGAGUGCCGAGUGGAACCGAUCAACGACCCCAACCUAAAGAUUGAGUGGUUCUGCAAUGGCAAGCAGCUGCCUACCGGUCACCGUUACCGCACUACCCACGACUUUGGUUACGUCGCAUUGGACAUUAUCUACGUGUAUGGCGAGGACACCGGCACCUACAUUUGUAAGGCCACCAAUCAGCUGGGUGAGGCUGUAAACACCUGCAAUGUGCGCGUGUUGAACCGCCGCAGCAUGAUCCUGGAUACCCAGCAUCCCGAUGCUCUGGAAAAGAUUCAAAAGCUGGAGUCGAAGGUGCCGAAUGCCCGUACCGAGGUUGGAGACGCUCCGAUCAGUCCACCUCAUUUCACCGCCGAACUUCGCGGUUCCACUGAGAUCUACGAGGGUCAGACCGCUCACUUCGAGGCCCAGGUCGCUCCAGUCCACGAUCCUAACUUGCGCAUUGAGUUCUAUCACAAUGGCAAGCCUUUGCCGUCCGCUUCUCGCUUCCACAUCACCUUCGAUUUUGGAUACGUGUCCUUGGAUAUUACUCAUGCUGUGGCCGAGGACGCCGGAGAAUAUUCCGUGCGUGCUGUUAAUGCUCUGGGCCAGGCUGUGUCCUCCACGAAUUUGCGCGUCAUUCCGCGUGGCACCAUCAUUUCGGACACCCAGCAUCCCGAGGGACUGGAGAAGAUCCGCAAGCUGGAAUCGACUGCGCCACAUCAGCGCCAGGAGCCUGAGACCCCCGGCACUCGCCAGCGCCCAGUGUUCACUCAACCUCUUCAGAACAUCGACAGAAUCAAUGAACACCAGACGGCUCACUUCGAGGCACGCUUGAUCCCAGUUGGAGAUCCCAAUCUGAAGGUGGAGUGGUACCGCAACGAAAAGAUCAUUGAAGAUAGCUCCCGUAUCACCAAGCAGCACGAUUUCGGUUUUGUGUCGCUGGACAUCUCGCAUAUUCGCAAGGAGGAUGAGGGCGUGUACAUGUGCCGCGCCGUCAAUCCUCUGGGUGAGGCAGUAACCACCGCCUCUAUGCGUGUGGUAUCCGAGGCCAGCAUCCAAAUGGAUACUCAGCAUCCGGACAGUAUCAGUCGCAUCCAUCAACUGGAGAAACCACUGGCCCCACGCCCCACUGAACCAGAGCGCCUGUUUGAGAAGCCCAUCUUCACUCAACUGCUCACUGGACCCUCGGAGCUUUGGGAGGGUGCUCAUGCACACUUCGAAGCUCGAGUCGUGCCUGUGGGAGAUCCUUCUCUGAAGUUUGAGUGGUUCAUCAACGGCGUGGAGCUCCAAAUGGGCUCUCGCCUGCGCACCACCCACGACUUUGGAUUCGUCACCCUGGACAUUACUGCAGUGGUACCAGAGGAUGCCGGUGUCUACAUGUGCCGUGCUUACAACGCCGCCGGUGAGGCUGUAUCUUCUACUGCCAUGAAGGUUAAGACCAAGUCGAAUAUUGAUGGUCAGCCUUUGAUCCCGGAGUCUUGGGAGGCUAUUCGACUGAAGGAGGCUGCCAUGAAUCGUGUACCAGAGAUGUUUGUUGACUCGACACCCCAACAAGCUCCGGUCUUCACCACUCAUCUGCAGAGCUACGACAAGCUGCAUGAGGGUCAGCACGUCCUCUUGGAAGCCCAAGUUGAGCCCCGCGCGGAUCCUAACCUCCGCAUUGAGUGGUUUAAGAAUGGCAUUUCUCUAACCACUGGCUCCCGAAUUCGCAGUACCUUUGACUUUGGACUUGUUACACUGUCCAUCAACGGAUUGCGUGCUGAUGACUCCGCUAUUUACACCUGCAAGGCUACCAACCAGGUUGGCGAGGCUGUCUCAACCUCAUCUCUUAAGAUCGAAGAUCGUCACUGGCUUCAGGCCGAGUCUCUGCACCCAGAUUCGUUACCUCGCAUUGGAGAGCUUGAGGCGCCCAAGGAGGGACGUCCAGAGGCUCCAGAGCCUACUUACGAGACUCCUGUGUUUAUUACUCAUCUUAACAACAUUGAGUGCAAGGAGAGCGACAAUGUGCGCUUCGAGUGCAACGUGGAACCGGCUCGUGAUCCUACCAUGUCCAUCGAGUGGUUCUACAAUGGACAACCGCUGCAGGCCGCUGCCAAAUUUAAGUCCAUCUACGACUUCGGCUACUGCGCUUUGGAUCUGACCAACUCUUAUGCUGAGAACAGCGGUGUUUACACCUGUAAGGCUACUAACAGCAAGGGAUCUGCAACCACCUCUGGCACUCUCAAGUGCACUGGUGGCAAGACCAUGUUCCUAGACACCCAGCAUCCGCAGGGAGAGGCUGGUCUUGAGGCUGUGCAGGAAACCGAGGAGGAGCUGGCCAAUCGCUACACCAGCAAAACGGCAAAGCCCGAGACACAGUAUCCACCACCAGUAUGGACGAAGCCACUGCAGGCCGAGUUCCAUUUGUCGGAGGCCCAACCCAUCCACUUGGAAGCCAACGUGGAGCCCAAGGAGGAUCCCAACCUGUUUAUAGAGUGGUACUUUAAUGGUAAAAUGCUGAACCAUGGCUCUCGUUUCAAGAUGACCAGUGAAUUUGGUUUCGUUACCAUGGAUAUGAUCGAGGUAUAUGCGCGCGAUCAGGGUAUCUACACUUGCAAAGCGUACAACAAGGCUGGAGAGGCCUUUACCUCCACCACAAUCUUCUGUUCGAGCAAGGAGAACAUCAUCGAGUCAACUCAGCACCCGAAGGGAGCCGAAGGCCUUGAGCAAAUCCAGGACCUUGAAGACUCCCUGCGCAAGGACGGCUCUAAGCCAGAACAGCCGGAUCUCGGCAUCCCACCACGCUUCACCACUGAAUUCGUUAAUAUUGCAGACAUCGGGGAGGGUGAAUUGGCUCACUUUGAGGCCAAUCUUAUCCCUGUUGGUGACCAGAGCAUGGUCAUUGAGUGGUUCUACAACGGCAAGGUUUUGGAGGCCAGCCAUCGUGUGCGUACCAUCUACGCUUUUGGCACGGUUGCCCUUGAGGUUCUUGGCACCAAGAUCGAAGACACCGGCACCUACACUUGCCGCGCGACCAACAAGCAUGGAACUGCAGAGAUAAGCUGCAACCUGGAGUGCGUGGACAAGCCGAGGGGCCAGAAGCCACGCUUCACGUCCCACAUCCAGCCGCUGGAGGGCCUGAAGGACGGACAGUCCGCUCACUUCGAGUGCACUCUGAUCCCAGUCAACGAUCCGGAUCUGAAGGUGGAGUGGUACCACAAUGGCAAGCUGAUGCGUCACUCCAACCGCAUCAAGACGGUGUCCGAUUUUGGAUACGUCGUUUUGGAUAUUUCCUAUUUGCAGGAUCAUGACAGUGGAGAGUACGUUUGCAGAGCCUGGAACAAGUACGGUGAGGACUUUACCCGUACCACCCUCAAUUGUGGAGGCCGUGGCGGAGUGUUUUAUGAUAGCUUGCAGCCGGAUUCACUGCAGAGGAUUAGGGAGCUUGAGUGCCCACAAGGACAACAGGCAGAUACCUCGGCUCCUCUGGUUGCUGAGCCACCCAAGUUCAUCACCCAGAUCGUCGAUGUAACUAAGCUGGUGGAGGGACAGUCGGCUCACUUCGAGGCACGUUUGACUCCAAUCACCGAUCCAGAUUUGGUGGUGGAAUGGUACUUCAACGGCAAGAAACUACCCCAUGGUCACCGCUUCCGCACCUUCCACGACUUCGGCAUUGUUAUCCUGGACAUUCUAUACUGCUACGAAGAGAACUCUGGUGUAUACGAGGCCAGGGCCCGUAACAAGUAUGGAGAGGAUGUUACUAGGGCUUCGCUCAAGUGCGCCUCGAAGUCAAGCCUCAUUUUGGACUCCCAGUUGCCUCGAGGAAUGGAAGGUGGCUUGGAGAAGAUCGCCAACCUGGAGUACAGCAUGGUCCGCACUCGCGAAGAGACCACCGAAGAGACCAAGGGCAAGGCUCCCGUCUUUACUGUUCCCCUGGAAAACAUUGAAAAUGUGCGCGAGGGUGAAAAUGCCCACUUUGAAGCUAGGAUUACCCCGGCCGAUGAUCCCAAACUGAAGGUCGAGUGGUACUGGAACGGUCGUCCAUUGAAGGCCGGUUCUCGUUUCCGCACUUUCUGUGACUUUGGCUUUGUCAUCCUGGAGAUUUCUCCUGUGUAUCCUGAGGACUCCGGCGAGUACUCUUGCCGCGCGAUCAACGAGUAUGGUGAGGCAGUGACCACUGCCACCAUGAAGAUCCAGGGUAAGCGCAGCAUCAUCAUGGAAUCUCAGCUGCCCAAGGGCAUGGAGGGAACUAUCGAUCGCAUCGCCGAACUGGAGGGCUUGGGCUCCCGCAGCACCGAGUUCGUACCAGAUGAUGAUACUGGCAAGCCACCAGAGUUUAUCACCUCUCCCUUCGAUAUGGUUAUCGGCGAGAACGCUUUGGCUCACUUCGAAUGUCGUCUGCAGCCGAUUAAUGACCCAUCGAUGCGUGUGGAUUGGUUCCACAAUGGCAAGGCCUUGUGGGCUGGUUCUCGUAUCAAGACCAUCAAUGAUUUCGGUUUCGUAAUCCUCGAAAUUGCUGGUUGCUAUCAGCGUGAUUCGGGAUUGUACACUUGCAAGGCCACGAACAAGCAUGGUGAGGCCACGGUCUCUUGCAAAUUGCAGGUUAAGGGUCGCCAAGGCAUCGUUAUGGAGCCCCAGCUGCCCUCCAACUUCCGCACCGGCACUGAGAGUCUGCAGAAGCUGGAGGAGACCAUGCAUAAGCGUGAGGAGCUUGUGACUGAAGACGAGCAGCCCAAUCCCCCGAAAUUCACCGAGGAAAUUAAGGACAAUUUGGAUGUUCCUGAGGGUGGUCCAAUUCACUUUGACUGCCGUGUGGAGCCUGUCGGCGAUCCAACCAUGCGCAUUGAGUGGUUCUAUAAUGGUCAUGUUAUGGCUACUGGAUCUAGGGUCCAUCAGCUCAACGACUUUGGCUUCAUUGCUUUGGAUGUGGACUACAUCUAUGCCAGGGAUUCAGGCGAGUACACUUGUCGGGCAACCAACAAGUGGGGCACUGCCACCACUAGCGCAAAGGUCACUUGCAAGGGAAAGCACAAUAUUGUGUACGAGUCGCAGUUGCCAGAGGGCAUGACCUCCGAAAAGUUGAAGGAGCUGGAGCGUGGACGCAUCCCAGAAGCUCCAAAGGUGGUUGAGGAGGUGUUUGGACCGCCAAAGUUCACCACACAGAUCACUUCUGUGACUGUCGAUGAAGCCGAGGCCGUACGCUUUGAAUGCCAGGUGGAACCCAAGACGGAUCCCAGCCUGCGCGUGGAAUGGUACCGCAAUGGCAAGCCCUUGCCUUCUGGACAUCGUUAUAGAAAUAUCUUCGACAUGGGCUUUGUUUCCCUGGAUAUUCUGUAUGUCUAUGGAGAGGACUCUGGAGAGUACGUGUGCCGUGCCAUUAACAACCACGGCGAGGAUCGCACCAGAGCCACAGUUUCUUGCAAGAAACUCCCUACCAUCUUACUCCAGAACCAAGUUCCUCGCGGCAUGAAGCGUUCAGAUGCUCUAACCCAAAUGGAAGCUACCAUCAAGAAAUAUACAUCCGAAGUCCAUUUGACAGAGGAUGAUCUAUUCGAUCCUGAUCGCAAGCAGCCUCCUCGCUUUGUCACCCAAAUCAAGGAGCAGCUUACUCUUACCGAAAUGGCCGUCACCAAAUUCGAAUGCCAGUUGGCUCCCGUGGGAGAUCCUAACAUGAAGGUCGAGUGGUUCUUCAAUGGCAAGCCAUUGCUGCACAAGAACCGCUUCCAGCCCAUUUACGAUUUUGGUUAUGUGGCAAUGAACUUUGGCUGGGUUUAUCCCGAAGACAGCGGAGAGUACGUGUGCCGUGCCACCAACUUGUAUGGCAAGGACGAGACUCGUGCCAUCAUUAAGGUUUCUGGAAAGCCAGGAAUCGUCUAUGACUCCCAGCUGCCCGCUCACAUGCAGAGCAUUGACCGCAUCCGCGAAAUGGAAGCCUCAUGGCAGGUGGUGCCCGAUGAGGUUGAUCCCGAUGCCAAGCCCAGGACCAAGCCAGUGUUUGUGAGCAAACUGGAGCCCCAGACUGUGGAGGAGGGUGACCCAGCUAGAUUCUGUGUUCGUGUCACCGGCCACCCACGUCCGAGGGUUAUGUGGCUGAUCAACGGUCACACUGUCGUUCAUGGCUCUCGUUACAAGCUGACGAACGAUGGUAUGUUCCAUCUGGAUGUCCCGAAGACACGUCAGUACGACACUGGCAAGGUAGAGGUGAUUGCUCGCAACUCUGUGGGCGAAUCGAUUGCCACCACUGAACUGAAGGUUGUUGCACGAUCGGACGAUUACCGUAAUGUGCUGAAGAAUUCGCCACGUCCCUGGUACGAUUACGAACUAGCUGCCUAUCAGAAGGAGCGCCAGGAGAACGAGUUGGAAAAGGUAUUCGAUGAGCGUAAGCAGGUGCUUUCCGAACAGAGCUCCCACACGUUGAAGGGCGUGGAGCACCUGAAGCCCAAGCAAUACAAGCCACCCACCCCGGACUGGCAGCAAAAUGUCAAGGCCAAGAAGAGCGAGGACUACUACAACAAGCUGCAGAGUCUGGAAACUGAACAGCUGCUGAAGGAGACCAACCUGCGGAGGGAUACCCAUCAGUACGCCAUUCCCGGAGAGAAGGUCGUGAGCAGUUCUCAGGCCAAGGGAAUGGCCCAGUCUUACGAAGAAAAUCUUCAAGAGAAAACGAGCACCACUCAAGUACUGGCUGCUCCACCCAAGGGUACUGCCCAACCAUCCGAAUCAUCCGUCCAUGGUCGCGAAGUUCACAUGAACAAGCAGCAACAGGUGCAGAAGGAGAUCCAGGGUGACCUUGAGAUUACCCGCAAGAUAACCGCCACCGAAACAACCGAGGUUGAGCAUAAAGGAACCAUUCAGGAGCGUGUCGUUCAGGGACCCGUGAAACCGGCCAAGGCACCGGUCUUCACCAAGAAGAUUCAGCCAUGCCGCGUCUUUGAGAACGAGCAGGCCAAAUUUGAAGUGGAAUUCGAAGGAGAGCCCAAUCCUACGGUUAAAUGGUACCGUGAGAGUUUCCCCAUCCAGAACUCUCCGGAUCUGCAGAUCCACACCUUCAGCGGCAAGUCGAUUUUGAUCAUCCGCCAAGUGUUCGUUGAGGACUCUGCAGUCUUCUCGUGUGUGGCCGAAAACCGUGGAGGAACUGCAAAGUGCAGUGCCAACCUUGUUGUCGAGGAACGUCGUCGCGCCGGAAAGGGUGGCAUUCAGCCGCCUAGCUUCGUGACCACCAUACAGAGCACCACUGUGGCCACCGGCCAGUUGGCUCGUUUCGAUGCCAAGGUUACGGGCACUCGCCCACUGGAUGUGUACUGGCUUAAGAACGGCAUGAAGAUUCAGCCGAGCAUCAAGUUCAAGAUGCUGGAGGAGGACAGUGUUCACACUCUACUUAUCAUCGAGCCGUUCGCCGAGGAUUCCGGCCGCUACGAGUGUGUGGCCGUCAAUGCCGCUGGUGAGGCCCGCUGCGAUGGUGACUGCAUAGUGCAGUCACCCAGCAAACCAGAGAAACCAACUACUCCGGGCAGCGAGAAGGCGCCACAUAUUGUGGAACAGCUCAAGAGCCAGUCCGUGGAGGAGGGAAACAAGGUUAUCUUCCGCUGUCGAGUGGAUGGCAAGCCCACUCCCACUGCCCGCUGGAUGCGUGGCGAGAACUUUGUGAAGCCAUCACGCUACUUCCAGAUGAGCCGGCAAGGCGAGUACUACCAGCUGGUCAUCUCGGAGGCCUUCCCCGAGGAUGAGGGUACCUACAAGUGCGUGGCUGAGAACAAACUGGGCAGCAUUCAGACCAGCGCCCAGCUUAAGGUUCGACCAAUCGAGAACCUGGACGCCCCGCCUACUAUCACAGCCCUUAAGGAUGUCUCCGUUACCGAGGGCAUGCCCGCUCAGUUUAAGACGACGGUGACCGGCAAAGUGAAAGCCACUAGCGUGCAAUGGUUCCGCGAAGGUCAGCUGAUUCCCGAAACACCGGACUUCCAGAUGAUCUUCGAUGGCAACAGCGCUGUACUCCUGAUUGGCACCACCUACGAGGAGGAUUCGGGCAUCUUUACUGUGCGCGUAACCUCGUCCACCGGCCAGGUCGAAUCCUCAGCCAAACUGACUGUUAAAAAACGACGCAUCUCGGCCUUUCAAUUGCGAACGAUUGAUUCCGCCGAGGAUGAGUCCUCUUCCUCUGGCCGGGAGGACAGUGCCCCCGAGUCGCCACACGCUUUCCAACCUGGCCAGCAACCAGGCCAGCAGUUUGGUCAAUUCCUGGGCGUCAACGGGCAGGGUCAGCAUCAGGGAAGAUCGCGGCAAAAGAAACCCAAGGUACGCAGCAAGUCCCUGCAGCCGGCUACAAAGGUGAUACCAUGGCGCAAGUCAUCACGUCCCACUCGAGGCCGUUCCCUGGACAAGGGAGUCUUCCUGCCAGGCUUCAAGCCUGAACCGGUCAAGUCCUGGACUGAGGAGACUAUUAGCUUAAAGGCUACGCCGAUUGAAAAGAAAAAGCCAGCACCAAAACUUGAGGCAGCAAAGGUUGUACUGAAGUCUAUCAAGACUGAACGUGAUCAGGGCAUCAUGAGUCUAGGCGCUACCCUGGAGCAGAUCAUUGCUGGAAAAACCGAAAAGGAAGCCAUUCCUUGGAUUACUAUGCGUGAAAAACUUAAGGCCGUCGAGAGUGUUCAGCAACAGCUCAACAAAUUCGAUCUAGAUGAGGUCUAUCUGCAACCACUUGAAGGCCAAAUUGAAACUGAGGGGCAGCUGCCACAACAGGCUCAGGUGGAGCAGGUGCAGCGCACUAAGGAAAUCCAGCGCCUGAAGAGCAUGGAAAGCGUUGAGAUUAUGGAGAUGACUGACCAGAUCGAUAAGCUGAUCACCCAGCAGCAAAACGCUAAAGAUCUCAUUCCCUGGAAGGAGAUGCGUCAGCAGCUCAAGAGUGUCCAGCGGGUUACCAAGCAGAUUGACAAGUUCAAGAUUGAGGAAGUCGAGCUCCGUCACCUGCAGGCUCAACAAGCCAUCACGGAGGAGUAUCAAACUGGAACAGCCGAGGAGACUAUCGUCAUGAUUGAUGAGAGCUCCAAGAGCUCGAUCUCUAAAGUGAUUCGUAGCGAUGAACUGCUGCAGCAUGAAGAUCAGUCCAAUAUCUAUAAGCAGAAGUUUAUCACCACUGAGGAUGUUAACAUUAUGCAUGUUUCGGAGCGCGAGAAGCUAGAAGCUCAGAGAUUGUUACGAGAGCAGCAGGCUGUAAAUUGGCGCCAGCAGCAACAGCGCCCACAGUUGCAGCCCCUGACUUCGGUUGAGGAUACAGUAAUCUCUCAGACUACUGAGAGACAGAAGUUGGUGCAACAGCAGAGCUUCAUCGAGGAGGCUCAGCGCCAGCAGUUUGUGCAGGUCGAGGACUCCCAGAUGAUGAGCCUCGAGCAGUAUGAGCAUCAAAAGAUAAUAAACCAGCGCACACAACAGGAAGCGUUUAGCUGGCGACAGCCUCGUGAGCCUCAAAAGUUUAUUCAGGUGGAAGACUCCUCGUUGCUUCACCUACAGGAACGUCAUGAUACGCAGGAACAGCAGCUGCUGCAACAAGAGCCUGUCAUGUGGGACCGUGGCAGAAAAAAGCCAGAUCAGCCACAAUAUGUGCAACCCAAGGAGCAGCGUGUUAAAGAAGAAUACGUGGAGAAGCCAAAAACGUACGAGGAAAUGCACGACGAGCUGGUUGAACCAACUCCGAUUGAACAACCUCAGCCGGUGCCAGUUAUGUGGGAGCGAGGCAAGAAGAAACCCCAGCCCCAGGCGAAGACCUUCGAAGAGGCGCACGACGAGUUGGUUGAACCCACUCCUGUCCAGCAACCGGAGCCAGUGCCUGUCAUGUGGGAACGUGGCAAGAAGAAGGUGGCUCAGCAGGAGACAGUUUUAUCCCAGGAAGUGGUACAAACAUCACAGGUAGUCGAACAGCAGAUCGUUGAGGAAACAAAGAAAACGGCUGUUAGACGAGUAAUUCCACCAAGGGAGCCGGAGCAGAAGGUGGAGCAGGUUACCUUGAAACCAACACCUCGCCCUCGUCCUAAGGAGGCUCUAAAGGCUGAGGAGAUUCAAUUGAAACCCUUGAGGAGCACCAGACCCGUACCACAACCAGUGGAGACGGAACAGAAAGCCUACGAAGAAGCUACCGAUGAGUUGCCCGAAGAACCACUACCUCCACUACAGGAUCAACCGCAGCCUGUGAUGUGGGAGCGUGGCAAAAAGAAGCCGCAAAAACCCCAAGAGGAAGUGAGCGAGAUUCCGAAAACUCUUGAGAUUUCAGUCGACGCGCUUGAGGAGGAAGUGCCGAAGCCAAUAGAAACACAGCCGCAACCUGUUUUGUGGGCUCGUGGCCAAAAGAAGCCUCAAAAGCCUGAUGAGCAAAAACCGGAGCUUCCAAAGAGUCUGGAGAUUGCCGUCGAUACUAUAGAAGAGGAUCUUAUCAAGCCCGUUCAGCCUGAACCACAGCCCGUUCUUUGGGAACGCGGCAAGAAGAAGAAACCGCAACCUCAAGACGUAAUCGAAGAAGAAUCGAAGACAUAUGAAGAAGCAGUCGAUGUUCUGCCUGAUGAACCUAAGGUUGAGGAGAAGCCAGAGCCUGUCCUAUGGCAGCGUGGUAAGAAGAAGAUUCCCAAGUCAGAGCCCACUGAAGAAGUGCAUCCCGAUGAGGUAGAUGCCCAAAUAGAGACUGUAGUUAAGGAAGAUGAAGUGAUUGUCGAAGAUAAACGACGAAUCAAGAAAACCAAAAAGCCCAAGUCGACGAAAGAAGUUACCGAGGAGUUGUUUGAGGAACAGCCGGAAGAGGAAAUAUCUCCAGAAGAGGAAGUGUUGCAGAAAGAAGUUAUUGAAGAAAUUGAGGAAAUUGUUGAAGAAAAACGUAGGCUCAAGAAAACAAAGAAACCUAAGCUUACACAGCAGGUGACCGAAGAAGAAAAGCCCGAUGAAGUGGUAAUCGAAGAGUCUGAAGAAGUGGUUCAAAAACAGGAAGAGAUAGUUGAAGAAAAGAAGAAGGUUAAAAAGGUGAAGAAACCCAAGACUGUCGCGGAGAAACAGCUCGAAGAAGACGAAAUCCCAGCAGAGGAGACUGUUGAAGAGGGAGAAACUGCUGAGGACCAGCAACUAGUCGUUGAAGAGAGCAAAAAGGUUAAAAAAGUAAAGAAACCAACUCGGAAAGUUGAAAAGACUGAUGUUGAGGAAUUGCCAGCAGAGGAAGUUCCAGCAGAGGAAGUUCCAGAAGACGUGGCUCCAGAAGAAGAGCCCAUCGAGGAACAGGAGGAAAUCGUUGACCAAGAUAAUAUCCAGGAACAAAAGCGAAAGGUCAAAAAGGCAAAGAAGCCCAAGAAGACUAUAGAAAAGACCGAAAUAGAAAGAGAAGAAGACCAACCAGAAGAGGAAGUUCCACAAGAAGAAAUAAGAUUUGAGGAGCAGGAAGAAAUAACAGAAAGGCAACGUAGAUUAAAAACUAUCAAAAAGCCCAAGAAAAUUGUAACCGAACAGACAGUGGAACAGGCAGAGCAGACAGAAAAGCCGGAAGAAUCGCAAGCCGAAGAGGUGAAAGAAACCGUAACCGAAGAACUUAAAAAGUCUAAGCCUGCGCCUGAAGAGGCAAACGUUGAGCAAAUCGAAAAGAUUUCACUGAAACCUGCGCCAAGAAAACAGCGUCUUCUGCCCGAAAAAGAAGAAAUGGAGCAGGUCUUGCUUAAGCCCUUGAAAAAGAUUGCUGCUGUCUCGGAAGCGGAACAACCCGAAACCCCUGAAACAGAAUUCGAGGUGAAAGAGUUCGCCAUCACAACUACAGAGGAUAUACUGGAUGUAACAAAGAAGCGUGUUAAAAAGAAGAAGCCCAAAACAAAGGUUGCAGCUGAGGAAUCCACUGAAGAACCAGCUGAAGAAACCGAAGAGUUUGAAGAAGACGAAGCCCAGCCCGAAGAAGUGCAACCAGUUGAGGAAAUUCCGGAGCAGCCACAAGUAGAGGAAGUUGCUGAUGAACAUAAAACGGCACCCAAGCCAAAGCCUAGAAAGGAAGAAAUCAUCGAGAAGGUUGAAGAAGUUGCUCUAAAACGAGUUACUCGGCCAAAGAAGGAGCUACCUCAAGAGGCGACCAUCGAAGAAGUGCGUUUGAAGCCUACUCAACGCACUUCUAUCAAGCCCGAAGAAGUCAAACUUGAGGAAGUGGACUUGCAGCAUGUGGAGAAGAAAGAGGAUGAAAUCGUUCAGGAAGAGAAACGAAAGACCAGGAAGGUAAAGAAGCCAAAACACGAAGACUUGCCGGAAAUUCCCGAUGCUGAGCCAACGCAACUGGAAGAGGCUGAACACAUUGAACUGGAGAAGCAACCAAAGCCCGAAGAAGACCAGCCCCAGGUGCCAUGGAAGAGAGGCGAGAAGAAACAGCCUGUUGAGGAAGUCCUGGAGGAAAAGAAAUGGCCAUCUGGUAAACGCCGUCCAUUGCCUGAACAGCAGCCGGAAGAAAUUCAACUGAAGCCAAUUCCAUCUAAACCAAUUGAAGAACCGCAAAAGCCAGAAAAGGCCAUACCUGGCCCGCAACUUGUGCCGGAAGAAAAGCCUGAAAGCGAAGAGGAGGAACUGAAACUUGAACCUCUCAAGGUGCCCGAAGACAAGCAGCCAAAAGAGCCUAAGGCUAAGAAAGAGAAGAAGAAGAAGCCCAAGCUGAAGAAGGCCACACCAUCAGUAGAUGAGGUGUCCGAGGAAGUCGCCGAGCCCUUCGACGAGCCCAUUGCUGAGGAAGAUGAAGUGGAAGAGAUGCCAGUGGACGAUGUCAAGGUCGUGGCAGUGUCGGAAGACGUACUGCCUGAAGAGGAAGUUGUGCCCACAGAGGAGACUCCCGAGGCAAAGCAGAAGGCACACAAGAAGCGCACAAAGCGACUAAAGGAGGCCUCCGUAGAAGAUCAACCUCAGCUGCUGGAAGCGGCUAUUGCUGAAAUCGAAAAGGUGGAUGAAAUAUCCCACGAGAUCUCACAAAAGACUAUUACCCUACUUAAGAAGACUGAAGACACAAGACCUCAAUUCAUAACGACUGAACAGCUUAUCGAGCUGGAUGUGGAGGACGUCCGACGCGAUCUGGAAAUGAAGGUCACAUCGAACAUCAUUAAGAAGGAGAAGCGUCGCGUGGUGCUGGACGACAGUCAACCAUUGCCUGAGCUGGAGUUGAUUACCCAGAAACGAAUCCAAGAGGGCAUAGACAAGGUGGCCGAUGAGGAGCUUAUAGAGGACCAGCAGCUAACCCAAAACCAGCAGGAGACGACUACCUCUGAGGUUAUCGGCCAGGAGCGCAAGCUUGUCAAGAAGAAGAAGAAGGAGAUUAAGCCUCCAAGGAUCACCGAGAAAUUGCGCCCACGCCAAUGUGUUCCCGAGGAACCCACCGUGCUGGAGUGCAAAGUGGAAGGAGUUCCGUUCCCAGAAAUCAAAUGGUACUUCAACGACAUUCUUCUGUUUGCUUCUGAGAAGUACGAGAUCACUGUCAUCGAGCAAGUGGCGAAGCUGAAGAUUGCCAAGGUCACGCCCAGUGAUGUUGGCGUCUAUACAUGCGAGGCCAAGAACGAGGCUGGAGUGGCCACAAGUCGUACCAACAUUAUUUUAGAAAAAGAACAAGGAGUUCCCCCCCAGUUUACAAAACCUCUUAAGAUUGAGUUUAUUGAGGAGAAGCAGCCCGAGCGGCUUAAGGUUACGGUGACUUGUCAAGUGACGGGAAAACCGAAUCCUCAGGUCAAAUGGUAUAGAGGAAUAGAGGAAGUUAUACCCAGCGAAACAGUUCAGAUGUUCUAUGACGAAAAAACCGGCGAUGUGGCCCUGGAGGUUAUUAACCCCACUCCCAAUGAAGCAGUUGUCUACUCUGUGCAGGCGCAGAAUCAGUUUGGACGUGCCAUUGGCAAUGCCAAUAUCCUAAGCCGGGUCGAUGAAGUUCCCCGGGAGAUACUGAAGGCACCUACCGUAACUCCACUGAGUGCUGUUGUUGUACCCACGGGUGGUACUCUCUUCUUCGAAGCCAAAUACGAUGGCUUGCCUAGGCCAGAAGUGAAAUGGAUGCGCAAUGGCCGCGAGAUUAUCGAGAAUGAGGAGACUAUCAUAGAAACUACAGAGACAACCACCACAAUAAAGGUUGUCAAUAUGACCCGCAAACGAACUGGCAAAUAUGAAGUUUGGGCAAAGAACAAGGUGGGUGAAGCUAAGUCCUCUGGUUCGGUGGUGGUUUCAGAUCAAAAGCCCGAUGAGCAAAUAAAGCCACCGAGAUUUAUUCAGCCCUUGGAGCCCAAGUACUUUGGCGAGCACGAGGUGGCCAUUAUUGAAGCGAUUGUGGAGUCUGAGCCAUUAUCGUCCUUCCAAUGGUUUGUGCACAACGAGCCCAUCAAGAGUUCAAACGAAGUGCGUAUCGUUAGCCAGGCCAACAAGUCAACGUUGCUGAUUGAAGACUUCCAAAGCAAGUUUGUGGGGCCUUUUACUUGCCGGGCCGAGAAUGUGGGUGGAUCAGUGACGUCAACGGCAACCGUUAACCUAAUUGAAUCUCUCCCCCAAGAGGAAGCCGAGGAGUUUGAGUCACCGCGUUUUGUUGAGGAGCUCGUUCAACCCGUGGAGGUUAUGGAUGGCGAGGCUUUGCUGCUGACCUGUCAAGUAACAGGAAAGCCCACUCCUAAGGUAGAGUGGUACCACAAUGCGGAGAAGAUCACUGAGAAUAAGGAAACUACGAUAUCGCAAGACUUGCAAGGCGUUUGCCAGCUGCAGAUUACGGAAGUUUUCCCCGAAAACGAAGGCCAAUACGAGUGCGUGGCUACAAAUAAAAUUGGCAAGAGCGUCAGCAAGACAAACGUUAAAAUACAAGCAUUUGAAUAUAUCCCCGAUUCUGAAAUCACUGGACUCACAGGAUCUGAGGAGGAUCUACUUGAUAGAACCCUCUCAAUCGACGAACAAGCUCCGAAAAUUAUUAAAAAACUACCGGAGAAAAUCGAGCCAAAAGAAGGCGAGCAAGCGAAGCUGGAGGUUAAGGUCGUUGGAAAACCGAAACCGAAGGUCAAAUGGCUGCGCGACGACGAGCAGAUAUUCGCCUCCGAGGAAUAUCAGAUCGAAAAUUUCGAAGACGGCACCUCAGUGCUGGUCAUUAACCACGUCUAUCCCGAUGAUUUGGGUACAAUUAGUUUCGAGGCAUACAAUCCACUCGGUGUGGCUGUGACUACGGCGCUCUUUGCGGUCGAAGGCAUCGUGGGUUCGAAGGAUUACCGCAAGCCGGAAUGGGUGUCUCAAAUGGAGGAAAUGCAGGUGGCUCUCAAAGCUGCUAAAUGCUCGCCUUCACUACUAAACGAAAUGCGUGACUGCCGUGCUGCCUUAGGUGAAACAGCCAAGUUCUCGAUACAGUUUGCUGGCAAUCCGAUACCAGAUAUUCAGUGGUAUUUCAACAACGUUCAGCUUAGGGCAUCCGAAAAGUAUCGCAUGGUAGUGCAGGAACAGGAAGCUACGCUAGAAAUAAUGAAAAUAACAAGCGAAGACUGCGGUUACUAUAACUGCAAGCUCAUCAAUGAGAUCGGCAUGACGAUGACUCGGGCCAAGUUCGACAUAUCAUCCACGAGCUCCAUAGUUGAGGAAACCAAGGCCAAGACUACCGUCAAGAAGAAGUCUGGCAAGAAAACCAUUGUGAAAAGAUCCGGCACCUCAGAGUCUCAGAACGUGCAAAAGACAGAAAUCCGUAUUAUUCCAACUAGCGCGGUAGAGACCAGCAUGAAUGUGAUCAAGGUGAAGCAACCCGUAUCCAUACUCGUAGAAAAGAGCGAAAUAUCCGAGGUUUUAGUCGUGAAAGAUCGCGAAGUUGCCGAUGCCGAAGAGCGUCGUAGCCAAUUAAUUGAAGAAAUAGAAGAGGAGGAAGAGAUUGAGAAGAAAGUCCAGCAUGAGGAGGAGGAUGAAGUUGAGGUGCAAGUAGAGCAGAAGGAAUCAUAUACCUCUAGCAAGAAAAUAGAGAUAACUAAAACGGUGGAGCAAAUACGCACAAAAAUUAGCGAAAAGAUCAUAACAAUUGAAGAUGUUCAAGUACUUUCGCACCACGAGGAGGUACAAUGGCUGCUCGAGUCCAUAGAGGCCGAGUCUUUCGGCCAAAUUGGAGAGUCGGCCCUUAGAGAUUUGGCCACUAUUGGUCUGCUAUUGCGCUAUGGCUGUGAGCACUACGAAAUCACAUAUAUGUAUGAGCAAAACAUAUUUAUAUCGCUGAAGAAGCCAGAGUCUCAAUCGGCCCUGGUGCAGCUCGUCGAACGAGAAGGCCACGAAGAACUGAUCUCCCAAAUACUGAGCGAGUCUUCCAACGAGGACGAGACCAUCCUAGCAGCAACUGUGGGCUUCAAGGCCUUCAUACGCAUGAUUCAGACGUACGAAAUCACGAUUGAGAUCGUCAUACGAAAGUUUGUUAGGGAGGACUUCAUAUCACAGGACUGGAAGAUAUGUGGAAAGGAGAGAAUAGUAGAGACUUCGCAAAUAAUUGAAAGUCACGAGGCCAUCACACAUGUGAAAAUAGAGGAAACAUAUGUCGAGGAACGAACGAUAAUUGUCCAAGAAGAAACAGCAACCACUAAAGUGGAAAAACUAUUCAAAAAGCAAGAACAAGAACAUGUGCAAAAUGUAGAGCAACAAGUGGAAAUUCAGGUUCAGACUAAACAAAUUGCGCAAAUGAACACUAAAAUCAAAAAGCAUAAAAAACACAAACAACAAGAACAGGAUGUUUCCGAGACAACAAUUCAAUACGAACAAAAAGAAACACUGGCUCACGAAACAAGCGCGGGAUUACCACAGGCGGAAACUCUUGAGCAAAUUGAAGAGUCUCUGCCCACAUACGAAACACUACCCAUACAAAAUCUUUCAAAAGACACGCUUGAAACCGUUGCAGUUGCAGUCACGGCAGAACUUUCUACUCCAAAACCACUUGCGGCGCGGGUACAGGAGGAGAUUCUACCUGAAAAGGUAUUAGCCAUCAAUGAGGAGGUGUUACAACUCGAUGAGUUUGCCCUACGAAAAGAAUCUCCCAGACCCGAAGAAAACAAGCUUACCGAAAAUAUGGAGGUAAGGCUAAAGCAUUCCCUUAAUGUCUCACAAGCAAAGACGGCUGAGUCUUCAAAGGAAUUGCCUUCCAAAAUACCGAAAUCCGUGAAAGCCCAGCGAAAGAUGAAAGAGUCAUGCUCCUUGUUGGUUGAAGCUCCGAACGCCGAAGAAGCUAUCGAGGAUCUGAAGCCACCGAAGGCCGUUUCGCAGAAGGUACAUGGCGACAUAUUGUUCUCGCAUGAGAUAACCGAGGAGCAGCACCAUGCACUGGAGACCAUUGAGAAGCUAAAACCCACCUCUGCCAUUGAGGACACCGUUCAGCAGAAACUACUGAACCAGGAGGCGCUAAUUAUCGCGGAAGUUUUACCAUCCGAAACUGUGGGAAGGGAUGUCACUGACUUUAGGCCACCGGGAGAAACUAUUUUGCCUCGACUUACCCCCAACAUGAGUCUUUGCAUAACCGAGUGCCAGCUGGAGGACUCUAUAGGCGAAAUGCAACAUGCUGCUAAAGAACGUAUGGAGACACCUGCGAUGUCGGUAACGGAAUCGAAGGCAGUUGGUGGACAAGAACUAAAAGUUUUGGAGAGCGUCGACCAUAUGCCAUUAAUAACCCAGCCGACUAAGGGCUUAGCUGAUUAUACCAUUAAAGCCGAGGAGGUUCCCGUUCAGGUGCACGAAAUUACCACUUUUGAUAGUUUGGAAAGAGAAAUGGUGUCCAAAACACAGACUGCCAAAAGUAAUGCAUUGGAAUUAUUCGAGUUAGCUGAGGGUCUAGUCAGUAUCACCGCUGAUUCUCAUAGUCCAAUAGCCGAGGAUUUGCCUAUUUUUGAGAAAGAUGUAAAGGAAGCCACUUUAGAUAUGCAAAUGCAGCACCACGUAACAACUUUCGAAACUGUUUCCAAUGAAAAUGCUGUUAAGGACGUGACAGCAGUUGAUACCCCGAAAAUGGCCGAGGGCACGUUGGGGCAAUCCAAUGCGUUAACUAUUGGGGAAACGCAGCAGAUGAACAUUGUAGAAACGGCAGUUGAGCUUAUCGAACCAAAUGUAGAAUCAACAAAACCAGCUAAGAGCGCCUUAACAGAGGCAUAUGGCACAGCCGAGAGUAACGAAGAGACGCUCCUCGAAUCACUCGGCUUGGUACCAGGCGAUAAUCGCAAAACAGAACAAGGAAAAGUAAAUAUUAGCGAAGGGGAGUAUGUGGCAAAAGUUCAGACCACGACGGUGACUGACACUGAAGAAGAAUUUGUUUCCGUAGCUCCAAAGCUGGUGGAUGCCAAAUUCGAUUUCGUCGAGCAAUCUGCGUUGCAGAUUAAGGAGAACACGACAGUGGAGAAGGAGGAAAUUCUAUUUCCCAAUAUAGAACUGGCACCUCAGUUAGCUAUAUCAAAUAUGUUUCCUGCUGAGUUAAAGGUUACAAGCAAAUACGAAGUUCAACCAGGUGCGACAUCAAGUGAUAUUAUUACGGAGGAAACAAAGUCUGUAUCAGCUAAUCAAGUCUUCGAGACGAUGUCGAUUGGAGUUACUAGUAAGCCAGCUAUGUUAGAGAGUACUAGUCACAUUGAUGCCUUUCAACAUCCUGACUUCAGAACGGGUGACACAGUUCUGGAUGAAAACCAACAACCUUUGGAAGUAACAAACGUGCAGAUAACCGAGUCAAGUACGGAUAUUAUUGAUGUCUUUCCUAAUCAAAAGCUUACUAAAGCCGAAGCUGUCACCGAUGCAUUUAAAUAUGCUGAGGGCCUAGUUGUACUUUCGAUGGAGUCGACAAUCGAUAAAACCGAAGAUACCAAACCGACGGCUGUAAUUGCAGAUAUAAGCAUGCAUGAACAAUUUGGAACAGAUGUUAGAGAACAGGAGCCGCUAGAAAGUACUCAAACACGCACGGAGGAUUUAAAGCCUCAGACACAAACACCAGAAAGCCAGUUUGGAUUGCUGCAACCUCUGGAAACCAGCUCAUGUGUUACCUUAGAGGGAGAAAGCAUUCUAUCAGUUAAAGAGCCCCAUUCUAAACAAAGCGCUGCCAUUGGAACUUCGUCAGCUCUGCAAGUGGCCAACAUAAUGAGGCCCCAGCAUAUGGAAUCUUUGGAGAGGCUAGAUGAACAGAAGGUGCCUUAUUAUCAGGCAAAUGUUAAUAUUGGGGAAAUCACUUUACCAAACGUUGAGAAAAUCGCUUCGUUUGAUGUCCUCAGCGAUUUGGAAACACCAGAUUACAAUAAAUCAUCUAUAAGUCGUGUGCAGUUAAUUAAAAGCACAACAUCGUUAAAAACGACUACAGCUGUUGUAAGUGAAAGUACAGAAGAAUUAAAGGACCUAAACAUUUCUCAGCCAGUUCAUAUUAGGCCAAAGCCUUAUGAAUCUGAUCAGAAAAUCUCCAUUUCCGAGCAGACAAAUGUUCUUGAACAUGUUUCGAGCCUGAGCCCAGUAUUACCCACAUUGGAAAUGAUCCAAUCUUCAAUAAAAAGUUUACACGAGAUAAAUGUAAGAGAGACAGAUAUUUUAGAGAAAGAGGAGUCCCUGAAAGAUGUUGAUCAAAUAAGUGGCCGUCUGGCUAAAAUUGUUUUGGACUGCACGACGGGCAUCGCACAAGUUCGACAAGAAGAAACACUCGAGCAUGAGGAGAACCUUACAUCUCCCUCAGUUCUGCCAGAGAAGGCAAUACCUGCUUCUUCAGAGUUGCUUCGGUUGCCUCUAACUGAAUACGUGCAAGAACAACAAGGUACCGGUGACAUGGUGGAUUUCAAAGUUUCAAACAAAUGUGCGUCUCCUAAAAUUGAUCAUUUAUAUGAAACAAAGUCAUCUGAAAUGAUUGUGUACGACUCUUCGACAAAUUCAGUUGAUUCCGAGUUCCCAGCUGGUAUAGUGCCUCAAAAAUCUCUGGUUCCCUAUCGGCAUACAAUGGUGACAGAAAACGUUGCUUUUCAUGCAUCUGAAAAUUUAGAAAUCUUAUCUGCCGGUCAACAAAUUGCAACAAAUGUGCAGGAUAGCCUUAGUCAAUCGAUAAUCGCACAGGACCAAACUACAUUUGAGUCUGAACAAAAUCUGGGUCUAGAAACUACCCCCACCCAAAAAUCCAAACUUCUGAAGGAUGACCGAAAUCUUUAUGCUAAGCUCGUGGACAAAGCAACAGUUUAUGAAGCCAUGGGACAGGAGCAAAAAGUUGAUAAAUAUAACAUACAACAAGCGGAGAUCACUCACGAUCUACCUCAAGUCUAUGCAACCGAUCUCCAACAGACUUUUGAGGCUGAAAAAGAGAUUAAAAGUCCUGAGCAAUCUUAUGUGGCAGCAACAACUGAUAUUAUUCCAUCGCGGCUUGGUUUAGCGAUGACAACAAAGACGCACCCUGUUGAAGGAAUCGAUGUCCUGUUAAGUUCGCCUCCAAAGCCAACGCUUGCCCAGACAAACUAUGAAGAAACAAAGCAUCAAGUACAUGUCAGAGAAACUCAAGCGAUAGAGGAAUCCGAAGAACUCACAGAUGGACGAUUACUUCCUGUUUCUGCUGUCGAGUCGAUAGACAUUACGUUUAAGGUGACAUCACAUUCUCAUCAACCACCAGUUUUCGAUAAGGAGUUGUCAAUACCGGCUGUAUCCCCUUUGGAGGCCAGAGCAAAACCAUCUUUAAAUCUACUUCAAGGCGCCACCACAUUCGAUGUCAUUCCCUUAGAAUCAUCUGUACUUAUAAAAGAUACGCAUGUCGCUGGGCAGAAGGCGCAACAAGAGUAUGUCGCUCAGGUGGAGUCAAAUAAAGUUCACGUUCAAAUGGAUAACCAAGUUAUGGAUAAAGAAGAUAUUUUUGAAAAUGACAAAAUGGAGAAUUUUUGUAAACCAAUUACUGAAGGCACUCAGCGGGAAACAGUUGUUAUCGAAGUGGUGCCAAUAGAUAAUGUGGGUGGUAUUCAUUUAGUCCCACAGCCAUCUACAUUCUUAGCCACUUUCACGCCUACCGAUAUAUUAAAUCAAUCGCACGUUAUAGAUACACAAGUUCCCUUAGAAAUGGAAAGUGAAGCUCAAGCUGCUUACGACAACAUUGCCCAAGCUAGGAUUAAGUCAGCUGAAGCCCACGUACAUACAAACGUGUCUGAGGUUAAUGCUUACGAACAAACUAAAGCAAUUCAAGAUCAAAGCAAGCAGGGCUUAUUUGCUAAUGUAUCGGAGGAUUCUGAUUCGAGCAAAGCUUAUUUAACAACAAUACAAUCGACAUUCUUAAAAGAGGACAUCCUACCCAAGCCUAACAUUCUCCAGGGUACAGCUCAAGCUGCUAAUGUGGAACUUCAAUCCUUGGUAACCGAGGAAGUUGUGAGCGUUAGCUCUAUCCAAGAAACAUAUGAACUUCAAAUUCCACUGAUUGAAACAGCUAACUUAACUCAGCAAACUCCACAGAAUUCUGUAAAUGUUUGUCAGCAACUUGUUUAUGAACAAACUCCUGAUAUGGCGUUUGAGCCGCACGCAUUAACACGAGCAACUACUAGUUCUGUAACGACAUUUCUUAAGCCAGCCGAAAAUGCAACCGUUAAUAUUUAUGAAAACAUUGAAGGGUAUGGUGAUUUUAAGCCGGAAACUGUAAACCUGCGUUCAAAUUCAAAUUUAGAUUCUGAGUUAGUGGUUUCGGUAGUACAAGAGGUGACAUCGGUACCAUCUUUAGGCAGCCUUGCAACGGUCAAGCCCCAGGAGUUAAAAGCAGUUCCAGUUACAAAAUCAUCCAAAAACCUUGCUUACAGCGAGGAAGGUGAAAGCCCAUAUGUACAGAUUACUGUAGAGGAAGCUAAAUUGGUUAACACUCGGGCAGGCGUAGAAGAAAACAAAAUAUCAGUCACAACAGAACAACCCAACACGUGUAUUGCCGCAUCGAUUCAAAUGCCAACCAUAACAGAAGGAAAAUUAGAAAAUGCUUUACAAACUUCACAAUUUGCAUCAGAGUCGAUCCUUAAAAUUUCACCACAGAUUUCCCCAAAUGCACACUUUGAAACCAGAACACACGAAGAGGCUUAUUCAACGACCACUGAGUCACUAGUAACAACACACGCUUUAAGAGAUGACAUUGAUAGUUCUCGAAAAAAAGUAAUGCAGGAUGUUCAAAAGUAUAAACAUUUUGCGACAAAGAGCUUAGACAAAACGGUAAAAGUGGACACGGAUACAAAUCAAGCCACAGACACAACACACAUAAAACAAAAAACACCAACACAAAUACUAGCAUCCAGCACGAAUCAGAUCACAGAAUCGCCUGAAAUUAUAAAAACUAUUGAAACAAUAUCUGAAGACGGCUCCCCGAAAAAAAAGAUGAUUCGAACUCGUUUGAUAAAAAAGGUUAAGGGUAAUAAACAAGAAGUCACCAAGAUUGAAACAGUCGAGGAGGACGACAAGCAACCCGAAACAACGGUCACUGUUGAAGAACUUCCGUUUGAAGAAGAGAAACCUGAGGAAAUUCGAGAGCUUCCAGAGGAGGUUCGCGUGGUCGAAACCAUAACGGAAGAUGGCAAGCCUAAGAAGAAGAAGAUCCGUACUCGCGUUAUUAAGAAGGUCAAGGGUGACAAGCAAGAAGUCACCAAGAUUGAAACCGUCGAGGAGGACGACAAGCAACCCGAAACAACGGUCACUGUUGAAGAACUUCCGUUCGAUGAAGAGAAACCUGAGGAAAUUCAAGAGCUUCCAGAGGAGGUUCACGUGGUCGAAACUAUAACGGAAGAUGGCAAGCCUAAGAAGAAGAAGAUCCGUACUCGCGUUAUUAAGAAGGUCAAGGGUGACAAGCAAGAAGUCACAAAGAUUGAAACCGUCGAGGAGGACGACAAGCAACCCGAAACAACGGUCACUGUUGAAGAACUUCCGUUUGAAGAAGAGAAACCUGAGGAAAUUCAAGAGCUUCCAGAGGAGGUUCGCGUGGUCGAAACCAUAACGGAAGAUGGCAAGCCUAAGAAGAAGAAGAUCCGUACUCGCGUUAUUAAGAAGGUCAAGGGUGACAAGCAAGAAGUCACUAAGAUUGAAACCGUCGAGGAGGACGACAAGCAACCCGAAACAACGGUCACUGUUGAAGAACUUCCGUUUGAAGAAGAGAAACCUGAGGAAAUUCGAGAGCUUCCAGAGGAGGUUCGCGUGGUCGAAACCAUAACGGAAGAUGGCAAGCCUAAGAAGAAGAAGAUCCGUACUCGCGUUAUUAAGAAGGUCAAGGGUGACAAGCAAGAAGUCACUAAGAUUGAAACCGUCGAGGAGGACGACAAGCAACCCGAAACAACGGUUACUGUUGAAGAACUUCCGUUUGAAGAAGAGAAACCUGAGGAAAUUCGAGAGCUUCCAGAGGAGGUUCGCGUGGUCGAAACCAUAACGGAAGAUGGCAAGCCUAAGAAGAAGAAGAUCCGUACUCGCGUUAUUAAGAAGGUGAAGGGUGACAAACAAGAAGUCGCCAAGAUUGAAACAGUCGAGGAGGACGACAAGCAACCUGAAACAACGGUUACUGUUGAAGAACUUCCGUUUGAAGAAGAGAAACCUCAGGAAAUUCAAGAGCUUCCAGAGGAGGUUCGCGUGGUCGAAACAGUAGCGGAAGAUGGAAAGCCUAAGAAGAAGAAGAUCCGUACUCGCGUUAUUAAGAAGGUCAAGGGUGACAAGCAAGAAGUCACAAAGAUUGAAACCGUCGAGGAGGACGACAAGCAACCCGAAACAACGGUUACUGUUGAAGAACUUCCGUUUGAAGAAGAGAAACCUGAGGAAAUUCAAGAGCUUCCAGAGGAGGUUCGCGUGGUCGAAACCAUAACGGAAGAUGGCAAGCCUAAGAAGAAGAAGAUCCGUACUCGCGUUAUUAAGAAGGUGAAGGGCGUCAAACAAGAAGUCACCAAGAUUGAAACAGUCGAGGAGGACGACAAGCAACCUGAAACAACGGUUACUGUUGAAGAACUUCCGUUUGAAGAAGAGAAACCUCAGGAAAUUCAAGAGCUUCCAGAGGAGGUUCGCGAGGUCGAAACCAUAACGGAAGAUGGCAAGCCUAAGAAGAAGAAGAUCCGUACUCGCGUUAUUAAGAAGGUCAAGGGUGACAAGCAAGAAGUCACAAAGAUUGAAACCGUCGAGGAGGACGACAAGCAACCCGAAACAACGGUUACUGUUGAAGAACUUCCGUUUGAAGAAGAGAAACCUGAGGAAAUUCAAGAGCUUCCAGAGGAGGUUCGCGUGGUCGAAACCAUAACGGAAGAUGGCAAGCCUAAGAAGAAGAAGAUCCGUACUCGCGUUAUUAAGAAGGUCAAGGGUGACAAGCAAGAAGUCACUAAGAUUGAAACCGUCGAGGAGGACGACAAGCAACCCGAAACAACGGUCACUGUUGAAGAACUUCCGUUCGAUGAAGAGAAACCUGAGGAAAUUCAAGAGCUUCCAGAGGAGGUUCACGUGGUCGAAACCAUAACGGAAGAUGGCAAGCCUAAGAAGAAGAAGAUCCGCACUCGCGUUAUCAAGAAGGUCAAGGGUGACAAGCAAGAAGUCACCAAGAUUGAAACCGUCGAGGAGGACGACAAGCAACCUGAAACAACGGUUACUGUUGAAGAACUUCCGUUUGAAGAAGAGAAACCUGAGGAAAUUCAAGAGCUUCCAGAGGAGGUUCGCGUGGUCGAAACCAUAACGGAAGAUGGCAAGCCUAAGAAGAAGAAGAUCCGUACUCGCGUUAUUAAGAAGGUCAAGGGUGACAAGCAAGAAGUCACUAAGAUUGAAACCGUCGAGGAGGACGACAAGCAACCCGAAACAACGGUCACUGUUGAAGAACUUCCGUUCGAUGAAGAGAAACCUGAGGAAAUUCAAGAGCUUCCAGAGGAGGUUCGCGUGGUCGAAACCAUAACGGAAGAUGGCAAGCCUAAGAAGAAGAAGAUCCGCACUCGCGUUAUCAAGAAGGUCAAGGGUGACAAGCAAGAAGUCACCAAGAUUGAAACCGUCGAGGAGGACGACAAGCAACCCGAAACAACGGUUACUGUUGAAGAACUUCCGUUUGAAGAAGAGAAACCUGAGGAAAUUCAAGAGCUUCCAGAGGAGAUUCGCGUGGUCGAAACCAUAACGGAAGAUGGCAAGCCUAAGAAGAAGAAGAUCCGUACUCGCGUUAUUAAGAAGGUCAAGGGUGACAAGCAAGAAGUCACUAAGAUUGAAACCGUCGAGGAGGACGACAAGCAACCCGAAACAACGGUCACCGUGGAGGAGCUUCCGUAUGAAGAAGAGAAACCUGAGGAAAUUCAAGAGCUUCCAGAGGAGGUUCGGGUGGUCGAAACCAUAACGGAAGAUGGCAAGCCUAAGAAGAAGAAGAUCCGUACUCGCGUUAUUAAGAAGGUCAAGGGUGACAAGCAAGAAGUCACUAAGAUUGAAACCGUCGAGGAGGACGACAAGCAACCCGAAACAACGGUCACAGUGGAGGAGCUUCCGUAUGAAGAAGAGAAACCUGAGGAAAUUCAAGAGCUUCCAGAGGAGGUUCGGGUGGUCGAAACCAUAACGGAAGAUGGCAAGCCUAAGAAGAAGAAGAUCCGUACUCGCGUUAUUAAGAAGGUCAAGGGUGACAAGCAAGAAGUCACAAAGAUUGAAACCGUCGAGGAGGACGACAAGCAACCCGAAACAACGGUCACCGUGGAGGAGCUUCCGUAUGAAGAAGAGAAACCUGAGGAAAUUCAAGAGCUUCCAGAGGAGAUUCGUGUGGUCGAAACCAUAACGGAAGAUGGCAAGCCUAAGAAGAAGAAGAUCCGUACUCGCGUUAUUAAGAAGGUCAAGGGUGACAAGCAAGAAGUAACAAAAAUUGAAACCGUCGAGGAGGACGACAAGCAACCUGAAACAACGGUUACGGUUGAAGAACUUCCGUUUGAAGAAGAGAAACCUGAGGAAAUUAAAGAGAUUCCCGAGGAGAUUCGGGUGGUCGAAACCAUAACGGAAGAUGGCAAGCCUAAGAAGAAGAAGAUCCGUACUCGCGUUAUUAAGAAGGUCAAGGGUGACAAGCAAGAAGUCACUAAGAUUGAAACCGUCGAGGAGGACGACGAGCAACCCGAAACAACGGUCACCGUGGAGGAGCUUCCGUAUGAAGAAGAGAAACCUGAGGAAAUUCAAGAGCUUCCAGAGGAGAUUCGUGUGGUCGAAACCAUAACGGAAGAUGGCAAGCCUAAGAAGAAGAAGAUCCGUACUCGCGUUAUUAAGAAGGUCAAGGGUGACAAGCAAGAAGUAACAAAAAUUGAAACCGUCGAGGAGGACGACAAGCAACCUGAAACAACGGUUACUGUUGAAGAACUUCCGUUUGAAGAAGAGAAAGCUGAGGAAAUUCAAGAGCUUCCAGAGGAGAUUCGCGUGGUCGAAACCAUAACGGAAGAUGGCAAGCCUAAGAAGAAGAAGAUCCGUACUCGCGUUAUUAAGAAGGUCAAGGGUGACAAGCAAGAAGUCACUAAGAUUGAAACCGUCGAGGAGGACAACAAGCAACCCGAAACAACGGUCACCGUGGAGGAGCUUCCGUAUGAAGAAGAGAAACCUGAGGAAAUUCAAGAGCUUCCAGAGGAGAUUCGUGUGGUCGAAACCAUAACGGAAGAUGGCAAGCCUAAGAAGAAGAAGAUCCGUACGCGCGUUAUUAAGAAGGUCAAGGGUGACAAGCAAGAAGUAACAAAAAUUGAAACCGUCGAGGAGGACGACAAGCAACCUGAAACAACGGUUACUGUUGAAGAACUUCCGUUUGAAGAAGAGAAACCUGAGGAAAUUCAAGAGCUUCCAGAGGAGGUUCGGGUGGUCGAAACCAUAACGGAAGAUGGCAAGCCUAAGAAGAAGAAGAUCCGUACUCGCGUUAUUAAGAAGGUCAAGGGUGACAAGCAAGAAGUCACUAAGAUUGAAACCGUCGAGGAGGACGACAAGCAACCCGAAACAACGGUCACCGUGGAGGAGCUUCCGUAUGAAGAAGAGAAACCUGAGGAAAUUCAAGAGCUUCCAGAGGAGAUUCGUGUGGUCGAAACCAUAACGGAAGAUGGCAAGCCUAAGAAGAAGAAGAUCCGUACUCGCGUUAUUAAGAAGGUCAAGGGUGACAAGCAAGAAGUAACAAAAAUUGAAACCGUCGAGGAGGACGACAAGCAACCCGAAACAACGGUCACCGUGGAGGAGCUUCCGUAUGAAGAAGAGAAACCUGAGGAAAUUCAAGAGCUUCCAGAGGAGGUUCGGGUGGUCGAAACCAUAACGGAAGAUGGCAAGCCUAAGAAGAAGAAGAUCCGUACUCGCGUUAUUAAGAAGGUCAAGGGUGACAAGCAAGAAGUCACUAAGAUUGAAACCGUCGAGGAGGACGACAAGCAACCCGAAACAACGGUCACCGUGGAGGAGCUUCCGUAUGAAGAAGAGAAACCUGAGGAAAUUCAAGAGCUUCCAGAGGAGAUUCGUGUGGUCGAAACCAUAACGGAAGAUGGCAAGCCUAAGAAGAAGAAGAUCCGUACGCGCGUUAUUAAGAAGGUCAAGGGUGACAAGCAAGAAGUAACAAAAAUUGAAACCGUCGAGGAGGACGACAAGCAACCUAAAACAACGGUUACUGUUGAAGAACUUCCGUUUGAAGAAGAGAAACCUGAGGAAAUUCAAGAGCUUCCAGAGGAGGUUCGCGUGGUCGAAACCAUAACAGAAGAUGGCAAGCCUAAGAAGAAGAAGAUCCGUUCUCGCGUUAUUAAGAAGGUCAAGGGUGACAAGCAAGAAGUAACAAAAAUUGAAACCGUAGAGGAGGACGACAAGCAACCCGAAACAACGGUCACCGUGGAGGAGCUUCCGUAUGAAGAAGAGAAACCUGAGGAAAUUCAAGAGCUUCCAGAGGAGGUUCGGGUGGUCGAAACCAUAACGGAAGAUGGCAAGCCUAAGAAGAAGAAGAUCCGUACUCGCGUUAUUAAGAAGGUCAAGGGUGACAAGCAAGAAGUCACUAAGAUUGAAACCGUCGAGGAGGACGACAAGCAACCCGAAACAACGGUCACCGUGGAGGAGCUUCCGUAUGAAGAAGAGAAACCUGAGGAAAUUCAAGAGCUUCCAGAGGAGGUUCGGGUGGUCGAAACCAUAACGGAAGAUGGCAAGCCUAAGAAGAAGAAGAUCCGUACUCGCGUUAUUAAGAAGGUCAAGGGUGACAAGCAAGAAGUCACCAAGAUUGAAACCGUCGAGGAGGACGACAAGCAACCCGAAACAACGGUUACUGUUGAAGAACUUCCGUUUGAAGAAGAGAAACCUGAGGAAAUUCAAGAGCUUCCAGAGGAGGUUCGCGUGGUCGAAACCAUAACAGAAGAUGGCAAGCCUAAGAAGAAGAAGAUCCGUUCUCGCGUUAUUAAGAAGGUCAAGGGUGACAAGCAAGAAGUAACAAAAAUUGAAACCGUAGAGGAGGACGACAAGCAACCCGAAACAACGGUCACCGUGGAGGAGCUUCCGUAUGAAGAAGAGAUACCUGAGGAAAUUCAAGAGCUUCCAGAGGACGUUCGCGUGGUCGAAACCAUAACGGAAGAUGGCAAGCCUAAGAAGAAGAAGAUCCGGACUCGCGUUAUUAAUAAGGUCAAGGGUGACAAGCAAGAGGUCACCACAAUUGAAACCGUCGAGGAAGACGACAAGAAAGCAGAAACAACGGUAACAGUCGAAGAAACUGAAUUAAGUGCUCCCAGUGUAGGCAAAGUUCAACUUAAAAAAAGGGUUAUCGUUCAAAAACCCGAAGACGCUGUAACGGUAUUUGAAUUGCCUGAGCGGAAAUCAGUUAUACUUUCAGAAAAAGAAGAUGGAACUCCAACCAAAACUGUUAUUAAAACAAGAAUCAUUAAAAAAAUUCAAGGUCCGAACAUGGAGGUGACAAAAGUUCAAACCGUUGAGGAGUAUGAGAAAACACCACAAACUACAGUAUCAGUAGAGAAGUUUAAUAUCCCAUUCCCAGAGCUUCCCGAAGAAAGGCUAUCUGAAGUAGUUGUGUUACCUGAUGAAGUUAUUGAGUCUGAGGCUGUUGAUGAUGAAGGCCGUUUACAAAAGAUCAAAACCAAGAAGCGUAUCAUGAAAAAACCUGCACUUGAUAACACUGAAGAAGUAACUGAAAUAGGAAUUAUUGAGCAAGACAAUGCGGAGCCUAUAUAUUCUGUUAAAAUACAAGAAAGACCCUUAACGGAAUCGAAGCCAGAGGACAGUAAAUUAAUCGAGCUUCCCGAACAUGUGACAGAACUAAAAGUUAUUUUGCCCGAUGGAAAAAAAAAGAGAAAGACCGUUAAAUCCCGAGCUUUCAAAAAGAGCCUAGACGAUGAUCUUGACGAAGUUACAACUAUCCAUAUAAUAGAGGAGGAAGAUAAGGAACCACUAACUACAGUAAACAUAGAAGUUGUGCCUUCUGAUGAGAUAUCAAUUACACCCAUACCAAUAGAAGAAUUACCCGAGGAAACCGUAUUUACCGAAGAAUUAGACGAAAAUAAGAAGCCGAAAAAGAAAACUACCAAAACACGAACAUUUAAGAAGCGAGGUCCAGACGACGAUGAAUAUUUCCAAAUUCAAACAAUUGACGAAGAGGGCAAGGAGCCCAUCUCGCUUAUUCGAGUUGUUAGCGAUGAAAAUAUUGCUGAUAUUAUUGAUAUUAGUAAACUUGAUGAUGAAAAGGUUUUAAAACACAAACAAAAGCCACACAAGCAUAAGGUGGAUAAACCAAAGGCCGAUAACACAGAAACGGAACACCCAGUUUACAUUACGACAUUUAAGUCUGUACAAAACGAAGAUGGAGAAACAACCAUACAAACUGAAAACAAGCGAAUUUCUCAGGAGGAAGGCAUCGUUGUUGAGGAAGUCCUCAGCGAUACAGAACUCAUUCCAGAAGACAAAACACAAUUACACCUCGAAAUAACCGAAGUCAGCGAACCAACAGACCAAUACUACAAAGAGUACACUAUCACUGAACCUGAAGAGGCAAGUGCAGACGCCUUACAAAAACCAACUAAAGACAAAACACCAAAACAGAAAAAGACACUAGAAACUCCAAUUGAGGAAGCUGACGAGACUGUUAUUGUUCAUGAGGGUACAGGGGAACAAACUGACAAGAUAGCUAUGAAACGAAAACCAAAAAAGGUUCAGGGUAACGUUCAGGUAGAUGCUGUCGAUGAAAAACCAAUUGAAAAGAAGGAAAAGGCAAAGAAAAAGAAAGUGGUUAAGACAAAACGGGAUGAAAUGGAUGACUACAUACAAUUUCUCAUACACCAAGAAAUCCCAAAGACUGUUCUACAACCGUACCAACGCACCGAAAUGGAACUUCCACAGAGGGCACGUCGUGACUCUUCUUUUAAGCAACCACUCAAGCUUACUCCAAUGAAAAUUGAGAAAGUUGAGUUCAAAAAGCCCAAAAUGGUUGAAAUCAGUUCGGUGGUAGAGUUCCCACAAAUGCUUAAACUUAAAGCCCCUAAACAACGUCCUCAGGAAGAGAAAAAGACGAAGAAUGAAGCUUCAUUUAAAAACAAAAAGUUGAAGAGCUGGAUAAGAUUUGUACCGUAUGCACCGUACUGUUUCCCGUAUGUAGUUACCGAAUUAGAAACUAAUCGCGAAGUAGGGGAACUUUCACGAAAUGUUGAGGAAGCGGAAGAGAUAUUGAAAUUGCGCCCAAGGAAAUUUAGGCAUCCGAAGCCCGAAAAGGCUGAGCUUGAAGAAGCCGAUCUAGGUACAUAUGAAUCUGAUCAUUCCGAAAAAUUGAACAAGGAGCUAUUACACCCGAAAUACAAACGAGCCAAAAAGCAAAAGAGCGAAACUCCGGAUGAAUCAAGGAAACUUAAGUUUGGAAAGGGCAAAGUUCCACAAAAUGAGGAAGCUUCUGAGGAAGUCAAUUUGAAGCCAGUAAAGCUUGAUAACGCAGAGAUUGAAGACGGUGAAAAGCCAGUAAAGACACAGGAAGAGGAAGUUGUCAAGAAGAAGAAGUCCAAAAAGAGUUCCAAGCCUCAGGAAGGACUUCAAUUUGAGCCCAUUGAAUUUGAAGAGAUGGAAAGAACCUCUGAUAUCCGAGAAGAAUCCGACACAUCUGUGUCUGUAGAUACUUCCACGCAGGAGAAGCCUAUAUAUAAAAAGAAAAAGAAGGUGACACCUAGUCCACAGAAAAACCAGUACGAAAUAUUACCGGGGCAACCUAGGGAAUUUGAAGAAACCCCAGAAGAUAACCUUAAUCUGCGCAAACGCCAAGGUGAAAGGCCUGAUGACAAUAUGGCAGAUACCAAACUAAAACCAUUUUAUAAGUUCGAAGUGCUUGAUCUGGAACCCGAAGGCGCCCAAACUGAAACAGUACCUUUAAGUGAAACAAUAGCAAAGGAACCCAAGAAAAAGCGAAAGAUUAAGGUUAAGACGGAACAAGAAGAUAACACAAUUGAAAUCGUACCACUUUCUCCUGUGGAUAACGAUGAACAAAUCUUUGAAAUUACAGUCACAAGCUCAGAAAUUCUUCAAGAUGACGCAAAAGCGAACACAAUUUCUAAGAAAAAGGUAAAGCGAAUGAAUAAGCAGGAAUUGGAUGAUUUUGUCACACAGUUACAGGAGGAACCAAAUCAGGAGGUCUAUGAGACUACCAUGUCAGAUUUCUAUGAGGUAAAACUGACCGAAUUGCCGUCAGAGAUGGACAAUGAUAAGCCUAAAAAGCGUAUUUUAAGACAUGAAAAGGGCGACGAAGUCCAGGUUCUGGAAAUUGUCGAAGGCGUGGUGGCCCCCGGUGUAGAACCUUUCUAUGAAAUAACUGUAAUAUCUAGUGAAAAUACCGAAGGAGACAGCGAAGAAAUAACAACUGAUAAGAUAAAAAAGAAAUCCAGAAAAAUGAAAAAGAAUGAGCUCGAUGCAUAUAUACAGCAGCUGAUCAAUGCCGAAAUACCAGUAACAGAACUAGAAAAAUAUGAAAAAAUCGAUGUAGAUGGUAAAGCAAAAAAACCGAAAAAGCUAAAGGCGAAGCCCGAGAAACCAAUAAUUGAUGAAGGCGAAACUCUUCAAGUUGGAGUCACAGAGCAUGAGCCAACCAAAAAAAUAAAAACCAAAAAACCGGUGGAAAAGAAAUCUGUAAUAGAAAAAGAAAUGUAUGAACACGAAGCAGUUCCAGAAUACGAUGAGUACCUCAUCAACAAGACUGAGUCGGAACGUCCUCAAGAAAAAAUCAUUGAAGAAACGGAAAAAGAUAUCGUGCCGGUAGUGGAUAAGGUCUUGGCAGAUUUAAGUGAUUGCCUACCUUUUGUGGUAGUUGAAGAAGACUACAAGAAUAUGCCAUUGGCCAAUGAUGUAAUCGCCUUAGAAGAUGAGAAAAUAAUAAGGAAACGAAAGGUCAGAGCUAAAAAGGACUCGAAACAGUACGAAAUAGAAAUAAUUGAAACCGAGAAACCUGGAGACCUGCCUGAUGAAGCAAGGGUCAUAGUUAUAACCACAGAAGUUUCUGGUGAUACAAUCGACGGACCUGCUCCUUCUACUAUUGAAGCACCGAAAAAAUCUGUCAGAAAGGUGAAGAAAGAAAAACUAAAGGAGUUCAUUGUCAAUGUAGUUGAGGAAGCUCCAUUAGAUCACUUCUCUGAUAUAUAUGAAGAUGUUCGAAGACCUCCUGUCAGAGAAAGCUCGGAGAAAGAGGAUAUCGGUUCAUUUACAACUACGGUGGUUGAGGACGAAAUAGUAGAGCCUGUUCUAUCCGAAAAAAUAAAAUCCGUGGACGAUGUUCUCGUUCCAAAAGAUAAGAAAAAGAAAACUGAUAAUCAGAAAAAGAUAAAAAUAUCUGAAUUUGAACCUACUCCAACCUCAGAAGACUCAACUAUCGAGGAAUAUUCUUCAAAGCUUUCAGAACAUGAUGAAAAUCUCCAAGCCGAUGAAUAUUUGGUAGACGUGAAAGAUAGUUUGCCAAAAUCCAAAAAGAAAUCUACAAAGAAGCAAAAGGAGGAAUCUCUCCCUGGCCCUAUAUCGCUUUAUACCAUUCGUAUUGAGGAGUCAACACCGGAACCUAUCACUGAAAAAAUAUAUGAAGACGGGAAGGAAAUUGUACGCGUCACUAACAAGAGAAAAAUCAAAAAGAAAGCGGGGCCGAGGGAAUACUUAAUCGAAGUUACUGAAACAUAUGAAGAUAACAAUCCAGAAGCAGAUAUUGUCAUUCGAACCAUUGAGACAACACCAUCCAUUGAUUCGAAGCCUCAGGAGGACCACAAGAUACAAAUCGUACAGGAAAAGAAGCCGAAGACCGAAAGCUUGGACAAUUAUAUUCAAAAACUGAUAGAUCAAGAAAUUCCUCAGCUAGAUCAUAAAGAAUUUAAGGCUACUGUACUAGAGACCUCUCCAGAGUCUAAAAAGGCAAGGAAAAUCAAGAAACAUCACAAAAAAACUACCGAGGUUGUCGACGGCAUUCCGAUUACUGUAAUUGAGGUAACAAUACAAGAGAGCGAGCCUGAUGAAGAUGACUUUAAGCCAGAUGCAUUCACUCUAGAGGAAAUUGAUAAUGAGAAUGCAGAGGAUGCUCCCAAAGAUCUUAAAAUGAAGGUCUCAGAAGAGAAGCCUAAAUCAAAGAAAGAAAAAUCGUUAAAGUUUAAAACCGCUGAAGAAGACAAACCUCAACCGGUAAUUGAAGAUAUAUCGGAGGAUGUGCAGGUUGUACAAAUAAUUGAAGAAGACGGCACACCAAAACAAGUGGAAAUUAAGAAAAAGAAGGUAUCCUGCAAACAUGGUCCUAAGAAACAAGUCUUUGAAAUCAUCGAAACAAAAGCUAUUGAUGAACCUUUGGCUGAAGUUACUGUUGUGGAGAUUACAGAAGAAAAGCCUGAAGAAGAAGUCUUAGUAGCUCAAGAAAAGAAAUCUAUUAAAAAACAAAAGAAACUAAAGCCCGAAGAUGUCAAUACUUAUGUAAUUAAAGUCCUUGAAGAGUUAACUGAAGCCACUAAAUUCGAAACACUUCCGGGAGAUGCAAAUGACAGGCCACAACCAGUAAUUGAAGAUAUAUCGGAGGAUGUGCAAGUUGUACAAAUAAUUGAACAAGACGGCACACCGAAACAGGUGGAAAUUAAGAAAAAGAAGGUUUCCCGCAAGCAUGGUCCGAAGGAACAAAUCUUUGAGAUCAUCGAAACAAGACCUAGUGAUGAACCGUUAGCUGAAGUAACAAUUGUAGAACUAACAGAAGAAGGCUUAAAGAAAGACAUUGUUAUACCUCAAGAGACGAAAACAGUAAAGAAACCAAAAAAAUUGAAGCCUGAAGAUAUCCAAAGUUAUGUCAUUAAUGUGCUGGAAGAGUUUAAUGAGCCUCAAUGGCCUGAGAAUACCGAAAAACCAAUUAUUGAGGACCUUGCUGAAUCCAUUGAAAUUGUACCAGUUACUGAAGAAGAUGGCAUAACCAAGGAAGUUGAGGUUAAGAAGAAAAAGGUUUCUCGCAAACAAGGUACGAAAGAACAAGUAUUCGAAAUCAUCGAGACAAAAACUAGUGAUGAACCUUUGGCUGAAGUUACAAUCCUCGAGCUCAGUGGUGACAAGUCUCAAGAAGACAUUAUUCUUCCUAAGGAGAAGAAACCAAUCAAGAAAACAAUUAAAUUGAAGCCUGAAGACGUCGAAAGCUAUGUCGUUAAUGUUUUAGAAGAGUUUUGUGAGCCACAAAGCUUUGAGAGUCCUAAGCCUACUGAUGGAGAGGCACUUGAAACUAGAACAAAAACGAAGACGCCCAAGAAGCCGAUUGUGAAGGCACCAGAAAAUGUUAUCCUUAUAGAAGAAAUGGCUCCUGAAACGGUCAUAGAAAAUAUUGUAAACGAAAUGGGAGAGGAAGUGAAACAAGUUAAGACAACGAAGAAACUUAAGAAAAAGGAAGGCCCUAAAGAGUAUAUAAUUGAAAUAAAAGAAACUUAUGAAGAAAACAAGCCAGAAGGCGACAUUGAAAUAACUACUACGGAAAUGGUUCCUGAGGGAUCUCCUGAUGCCUCUGACGAUCAACCAGUCAUAGUUCUCCAGAAAGUGAAAAAGAAGAAGCCUGUUAAGGACGAUCUAGACAAAUACAUACAACAGUUAAUCGAACAGGAAAUCACAAAAACUCCUCUAGAAGAAUAUGAACCAACUGAAAUGGAAUCAAAGAAGAAGCCCAAGAAGAAGGUCAAGUCUCACCACAAAAAAACCAUUGAAGUUAUUGAUGGGCUGCCAGUAACCAUUCACGAGUUCAAUGUUGAGGACAUAGUUCCAGAACCUGAGGAUAUGGAAAAACCAAAAACUUUGUUAGACGAAAUCAAGGAAAUACCACAACUGCCAGACGAUUCGUCCGAGUACCUUGUUAACAUUUCUGAUGAAUUUGGUGAAGCUGAUAAGCCAAUGAAACAGCCUACUGAGGAUCAACCUAUUAAAAAAGAAAAGCCAUUAAAAAAGAAAAAGGACAUUGAGAAUCCUGUUCCAUUGGAAGCAUAUGAUCACACUGUUGAAGUCGUUGCUGAACCUACGCUGGAUGGAACACUUAAAGAAGUAACUGUCAAGAAACGAAAAGUAUCGCGGAGAAAGGGGUCUAAAGAUCACAUCUUUGAAAUUACGGAAACAACAAGUGAGGAUCAGCCCACGGCUGAGGUUACAGUUGUUGAGUUGUCAAGCGACGAGAUCUUAGAUUCUGAAGAAAAGCCGAAGUAUGAAAGAAAGAUUGUUAAAAAGCCAAAACAGUUAAAGAAGAAUGACGUUGAAGAAUAUAUAAUUAAUAUUAUCGAAGAAUUUAUACAGCCGAUUCCAGUUGGCCUAGUUGAAGGUGAAGUAGAAAAGGUCCAGAAGGAAAAAACUAAAAAACCUAAGAAAUCUCCAACAACGUACAUAGCCACUGAACAAGAAGACAACAAUAGCAAUUACGAUGCGUUGGUUAAGGAAGACUUAGACCAACCGAUUGAGUGCGCUUUAGAGAAGCCUUCAAACCCGCUUGAAUAUACCAUCAGUGUAGAAGAAGAAAGCGUCGGUGAAGAACAAAAACAACCAAAGCCCAAGAAGAUAAGCAAGCCCAAGUCCAUCAAGCAGCCGUCUGUGGAUAAAAGCCCAGACUAUCUUGUAAGGGUGCUAUCUUCAGAAAGCAUAAUAGGUGAACCAAUCCCUGAAGAUAAUGCCGUAACCGAAGCUGCAGAAGAUAAACCCUCUGAAGAACCAAUUUUCCAGGUAGAAGAACUCGAAACCGAAGCAGUGGAAAAAGAAGUUACCGACGAUAAAGGAGAAACGACGAAGCAAAGUGUAAUCAAAAGAAAAAUCAAAAAACAAGUUGGCCCCAAGGAAGAAAUUAUUGAAAUUGUAGAAAUUAAGACAGGUGACACUCCAGAGUAUGAAGUCAUUGUAACUACUGAAGAGGUUCAAGAGAAGACCAAGGAAGCUCCAGAGGAGAAAAAAGCGAAAACAGUCCGCAAAGCGAAAAAGAUUCCAAAAGACGAUCUUCAGGAUUAUAUUCAGAAGCUUAUUGAGCAAGAUAUUCCAAAAACUGAACUGGAAAAAUAUGAAAAAAUAGACUUGGACGAGCCCAUAAAAAUAAAAAGAAAGCCUAUCAAAAAGGUCAAGCCAUCUAAGGAGCAACCAAAAGAAGAAACUGAAGAGCCAAUGGAGGAUAAGCCCGUUGUGAAGAUUUCGGAGUUGGAAGUUUCUGAAGUUGGAAGUGACGAACCAAAGCUAACGGUUGCUGUUAAGGAAUUUAUUCCAGAAAAACCAGAAGAAAAGCCAUUCGAAAUAGUAGUACUUGAAGAAACGGUAGAAAGCUAUCAGGAGCCAGAUGAAGAAGGAAAAGUAAAAGAAAAGGUGGUUAGGACUAAAAAGAUAAAGCAGAAUAGAGGCUCUGUAGAAGUAGUUCAUGACAUAGUCGAGGAAAUCGAUACGGAUACAAACGAAUCUGUAAUAACAGUCACGACCACCGUUCCCACGGAGACACCUGAUCAGGACCAACCGUCAGUUAAACAAAAACGUACAAAGAAAAUUAAGAAAGACGAAGUUGAAGACUUUGUCAAACGAGUUAUUGAGGAGGAGGCACCACAGACGGAAGAGCCCGUGGACCUAGUGGUUAUCGAGGAUGUCGUUCCCAAACCAAGUUCUGAGAAGAGGAAAAAGAAGCCAAUAAAAGAUAAGCACACUUCCGUUGAGGAAGAAACGCCACACGAGGAUGAAGUUCUCUUAAUUGAGUCCGUUCCGGAGGACUCUCCCGUUAGUGAUGAUCUUAUAACUGUGGUAGAAUCAGUACCAAUCGAAGAAGAACCAGAAAAAAUAGUUAAUCAAAUUGAAGAUACUAAGAAACCCGAGAAGAAAAAGAAACCAAUAUCUUCAGCUAAAAUUCUAGCGGAAAAGGUGUUAGAAGACACUGUUGAAAAGCCUUUGGAGGCUUUACAAGAGGAUUCUGAGCUGGAAAACCCAGAUGUUCAGGAAUUCUGUGUUUCUAUUAAGGAAGAAGAGAAAAAGCAUACUCAUCCUGAAAAGAAGAAGUCUUCUAAAAUAACUGCCGAACAACCAAAUCAGCCUUCUACGGAGCAAUACGAAAUAUCAGUAACGCAACAAGAGCUGAAGCCUGAAGAAGAAAAGCCGUUUACAGUUCAGGUAAUACAAAGCGAAACAAACGUAGAAGAAACCAAAGAUGACACCGGAAAAGUACAUAAGCAAGUUACUACAAAACGAAUGUUGCGACGACCUGCUGGCGAAGGUGAAAUAGAGAUUAUUGAAGUUGUUAGAGAUGAUCAGCCUGAGGCAGAAAUAACUAUUGUGGAGUAUGAGCCAGAACCAUUGAACCAAGAUGAAAAACCCAAAGAACCUAAGAAGAAAACCAGAAAGGUUAAAAAGGAUGAUAUACAUGACUACAUACAAAAGUUAAUUGACUUGGAAACACCAAAGUCGGAGCUUGAAAAGUAUGAGAAAAUCGAAUUCGAACCAAUAGUCAAGGAUAAGCCAGUCGAUAGUCCGAUCGACGUUUUGGACGAAUCGCCCAAAGAAGUGCCGAAAAAAGAUAAAAAGUCAAGGCCUACAAAAGUUCCGAAUGAGGAAACUUCUGUUCAGAAUCAAUAUGCAAAGGUCAAAGUUGUCGAGGAAGAAGCUCCCGAGCAACCAGAAAUACCAGUCCAAAUUCUAGAAGUUAAGCCCGUAGAGGUAGAUGUUAAAGAGGUUAUAACUGAAGAUGGCAAGCCGGUUCAUGAAAAGACUACCAAGCGAGUUUUAAAGAAGAUGGGGCCCGAGGAACAAACAACUUUCAAGAUUACAACAAUUGAAAGCGAGGACAACGAUUCGGUUACAGUUAUUGUUGACGAAGAACCAGAAAUAGCUUCCCCACAGUCUAUCAAAGAACAUCUCGAACAGCCUGAGGAAAAGCUAGCGCCAAAGCCCAAGAAAACGGUAAGAAAGGUUAAAAAGGACGAUUUACACGAAUACGUAAAGAAACUAAUUGAAGAAGAAAUUCCAAAGGUUGACCUCGAAAAAUAUGAAAAGGUAGAAAUGCCAGAAAAACCAGAUAAACUUGCUGUUUCUGAUUCCAUUCCGGAAGAAUCAAAACCUCAGAAAACCCAACCAAUAUCAGUACUACCCGACACACCGAAACCUAAGAAAACGAAGACUCCCAAGACUCCAAAGACAGAAGACACAGACCAGCAAGUACCGGACGAACCGACAGAGACCACUGUAGACACUACUGACAUACCAGAGCUUACACCAACCCAAACUCCACAGCCCGAGGACACAGCCACUGCACAAAUUACACCAAGCGCAAAAGAAGAUACAUCUACUCAAGAUGACACUAAAGAUACAAUUCAGAAAACAGUUAAACAUAAGAAAACAAAACCAGACACACAAAAAAGCGUUGAAACAAGUGAACUACCAGAGGUUCAUAAAGACUAUCAAAUUAGCAUCAUCCACGAAGAGCUUGUCGAGGAAGACCAGCCCGAAAAGAUUUUGGAGGUUAGAGUUAUCGAUGAAGUCGCCGAGGCGGAAGAAUCACAGCCCAUUGUGGAAGAGGUCGUAGAGGAGGAACCGCAGCCAGCUACAGAAGAAACUGUAGAGGACGUCACAAAACCCAAGUCUAAAAAGAAGAAGGUGGUUAAAAAGAAGACCGAUGACCAUGACGAACUCAUCAAAAAGAUGCUGGAGCAGGAAAUUGAGAAGACGGAACUGGAGAAAUACGAAAAAAUUGAAUUUGAUGUUCCCAAGAAACUCAAACCAGAAUUCACUGCUCUGGAACCAAUAAAAAUAGAGCGCAAAGAACAGAAGCCAACAAAGGUGACUAUUCUCGAUGCCACUGAUGUUCCUAAAACCGUGAAGCUAAAACCAAGUAAACGUAAGGAGAAACCUGCCGAGGAACUGACCGUUCAACUUCCAAAGUUCAGACUUAAGGCCCGUAUGGUCUUGGUUGAAUACCCUCCGGCUCCCCUAAUUCCUAAAACUACUGAUAUUGGUGCCAUUAAGGACAAUGGAGAACUGUCUCGUAACAUAGAAGAGGCUGAGGAAGUUCUAAAGUUCAAACCGCAUAAGACUAAGAAAAUUAAAAAGAUCAAGGAUGAUUUAGAAAAGGUCGAGCUCGAAAAGUACGAAAAAUACAUUAGUAGCGAGGAAGAACCAGAGGAAAAGACUCCAUAUAAGAAACCAGAAAAGGCACCAAAACCAGAGGAAAAACCAGAGGACGUGAAACUUAAGCUGGGCAAGGGUAAGAAAAAGCCAAAGGAGGAAGAAGCGCCCGAAAAUGUUACUCUCAAAAACAUUCCGCAAAAGCCACAAGAAGUUGAAGAGGAAGUUGAACUUAAACACAAACCAAAGGAGGUUGAUAUGGUUGAAGAACAAACAAUGAAACCCAAGGAAGUAGAGUUCGUUGUGCCGCCAUUUGAACCAUCUGAGUUUGAUCGUCCUGAAUAUGUACCCGAUGAACUUGAGCAGAUCGAACAUCCAGAGAUGCCCGAGAAAGUUAAGAAGCCGUCUAAGACUAAGUACAAGCCUAAAGAUAAAUCUAAGCCAGAGCCGGAAACCAUUGUAUCGGAGAUUGUUGCCGGAGUUCCAAAGGAAGAAGAGGCAAUUCCCGAACAGGAUGUUAAGUUCCGUAAGCCCGAGAGAGAUGCUCCAGAAGAGACCGAUUCUGAAAUUAAGCUACGGCCUAUACCUCAGGCUUCUAAGGAUGAAAAACCUGACGAACAAGCGCUAGUAAAGCCUAAGGCAGAGGAGCCCAUUCCCCAAGAAAUCGAAGAUAAGGCCAUUGAUGACGAAAAGAAAGCGAAGAAAUCUAAGCCCAAAAAGGUGCAGCCGAAGGAGGAAGAGAUUACUAAGGAAGAGCCCCAAGAAUUUGACGUAUCGGUGAAAGAGGAAGAAGCUCUAGUGGAUAAACCCGUUGAAAUCGAAAAACCAAAAGAUGUUAAGGUGAAAGAGAAGAAACCCAAGGAAGCUCCUGUGUCCGAAGUAGUAGUUCUUGAAGAAGAGCCAAAACCAGAAGAAGUACCCGAGGAAAUACCUGUGGAGUACAAGAUAACAACUACAGUCUUGGAACCAGAGGAUGCACCAAAGGAACAUCAAGUCAAAGUCAUCGAUUUUGACGAGCGUCAAGAAACUACGGAGGAGGUAAUUGAAGAAAAGGUCGUGACGCGCAAGAAGAAACUAAAACCGCAGCAACCUGAAGAGUUCGAGGUCACCUUAAAGGAGCCAAAAGAAGAACAAAUACACCCGGAUGUAGUUUCAGCUGAAAUCUCGUUGCCAAUUGAGGAGCUCGAACGGAAGCCAGAACAGUAUGAGGUGGAACUUAAAAUAACUCAAACUACACCAGAAGAGCCCAAUGAUGUGGAAAUCGCAGUCAAGGAAAAGGUCAAGACCAAGCCUGUUAAGGCAGAAGAAGAGGAGCAACCAGUUGAGGAAACAAUCGUGGAGGUUGAAAAGCAGGAAGAAAAGAAGAAGUCAAAGAAACCAAAAUCCUACGAGUUUAAAAUAUCUGAAACGCAAUCUUUUGAAGAAACGCCAAUAGAAGUGGCUGAAGAAGCUCCUGAGGAAAAACCAAAGGUUGUAGAGAAAAAGGUUGCCGAGAAAUUCGAUUCCUACGAAUUCACUCUAAAAGAAACUGAUGAAGAAAAGGUAAUCACAGUUGACGACCAGCCCGAGGAUGAAGCCCCUGUAGAGGUUGUAUUCAAGAAAAAACCCAAGGAACCUGAAGCAGUUGAGGCCGAGUUUGUAAUGACUGAACCGAAGAUCGUGGAAGAAACGACCGUGGAAACUGCAAUCAAACAGAAAAAGACGAAAAAACCGAAGAAAAACGAAGAGGAAGCUCAAUUAGCAAUUAAGGUUGUCGAAAGUGAAGCCCCGGUUGCCGAAGAAGUGUUCAAUGAAGCUCCUGAGAGUGUGAUUGUAGAAGAGGAAGUUAUUGCAGAAGAAAAGCCUAAAGAGUUCAGAAUUCGCGUUUCUGAAACAGAACGCAAGCCCGAGGAGCCAAGUGUCGAGCAGUUCACAGUUAAAAAACGCAAGCCUUCUGUUACUUUCGCCGACGAACCUGCCACUGAAAUCGUUAUUAAGGAAAGCAAGCCCGCUGAAGUUGUCACUGAAGACGCUCAUAUUAAGACCAAGAAGCCAAAGAAGAAGGUAACGGAAGUGGAAGCUGAGGAGCUAAAGAUUAAGAUCACUGAGGAAGUUCCACAGGAAAUUCCCAUAGUGGAUGAGGUCUCGGAGGAAGAGGUGAUCACUGAAACCGAGAAGACAGCCCCUGUUGUUGAAGAGAAGACAUACAAAAUUGGCAUCAAGGAAACGGAGCCGGAAAAACCUGCCGAGGUAAUUGUCGAGGAGGAGCCGGUGGUAACAGAGCCAAUUGAGGAAGCACCGAAACCAGAAGUCUUUGAGGAACACAAGGUUAGAGUCAUUGAGGAAACACCUCGGGAAUUGGUUGAGGAAGUCAUUGAGGAGGAGGUGAAGGUAAUUCGCAGAAAGAAGCCUAAGCCAGAAAUUAAAGAAGAACCCGAGGCGGAAGUUACUGUAUCUACUCCAAAGCCUGUCGAAGAAGUGGAAGCUAUGGCCAGUAUUGCUGUAAUUCCAGAACAACCGACUGAGGAGGAUGUCGCUGAUCUCAAGAUAACAAUCAUUGAAGAAGAAACACCACCACAAGAACUAGUUCAGGAAAUUGAAGAAAUUGAAAUCGUUGAGGAACCAAAGGCCCCUGAAGAACAACCAACGGAUUUCACCUUCGUCACAGAGGAUUCCGAAAAGAAGCCGACUGUGGAAGAGCUGCCCGAGGAACAGGUUACGAUUCAAAAGAAGAAAAAGAAGGCGCCAGUACCAGAGGUAGUUGAAGAACCCGAAGCUGAGUUCGUGGUUAAACCAAAGACGCCUGUCCAAGAAGUUACUGAAGAAGCUAAGAUAACGAAGAAGACCAAGAAACCUGUAAAGGAUGAAGAGGCCGCGGCAGAGCUUAAAGUAACUAUCACUGAAGAAAUUCCCACUGAACCAGAAGUUCAAGAAAUUAUCGAGGAAAUCGAAGAGAUCGCGGAAGAAAAACCGGCAGAGUAUUUGAUCGAAGUUAAGGAAAGCCAACCAGAAGCUGUAGAAGAAAAGGAAGUUAGCUUACCGAAAAAGAAACUAAAGGCUCCAAUAGUUGAAGAGCCAGAAGCUGAAGUAACUUUGAAACCAAAGACAAAGGCGGAGGAAGUUCAGGAAGAAGCAAAGAUAGUAAAGAAAAAGCCAAAGAAAACCGUCGAAGUUGCAGUAGCCGACGAACUCACGGUCAAGGUUGAAGAAGAGGUUGUCCCAGAGCCGAUUGUAGAAGAAGAAGUGAUAGAAGAAAUCCAAAUUAAAAAGAAACCAAAAGAACCGGAGCCAGAGGACAGUGUCGAUACUGCGGUUGUGAAACUAAAAAAAUCUGAGCCAGUAGAUGCUGAUGAUGUUGUGGCUGACGUUACCCUUAAGCCAAAGGCCAAAAAGGAGGUUACUGAGGAAGAAUUUUCUGUUGAUGUUAAGCUGCCAAAGGAAAAGAAAAUUACAGAGGAAACUUCAGACCAAACUGUACAGCUCAAGAAAAAGAAGAAGACGCAGAAGCCGGUGGAAGAGGCUGCGGACGAGCUUAAGCUACAGCAAACUGUUGUUGAGGAAAGACCUGUGGAAAUUGAAGAAGAAGAGAUCGUUGAAGAAGCAAUCGUAGUUCGCAAAAAGCCAAAGAAGCCCUUCGAGCCGACUGUUGAAGAUCUCGAAGAAACAGAAUUCAGUCUCACCUUCAAAAAACCCCAUACCAUUAAUGAGGGCGUGGAGGAGGCCGCCACAGUUCUGAAAAAACGACCAGUCAAGCCCACUACUCUCGAUGAAGCUGCAGCUGAACUUUCUAUUAAGCGUCAGGAAGAAGAAUACGAAGAGGGCGAGGAUAUCGAAGAGUUCGUCGUCAGUCAGCAAAGAAAGCCAAAGCCUUUGCAAAUCACGGAAGAGGAUGAGCAGGCCUACACAGUGAAGAAACUAAAGCGUCGAAAGCAAGUAGACAUUCCCGAAUACGCAGACGUUGAGAACGUCACAUUCCGUGCGAGAAGUACCAAGACCAAGGAAGAUGUCGAUCAGGAGUUCAACAUUGCCCUGGACUCGUAUGCUGAGGAGGAAAUUUCCAUGUCUGGAAAGGUGAAGUUAAAGAAGCCUAUCAAGAAGACCUUCUCUGAAGCAGCCGAUGAAGCCAAGAUCAAGAUCAUUCAGGACUUCGACGAUGGUGAAGAACCCAUUAUAGAAGAAAUUCGAGAAGACGAGGAUACCAUCGAUGAAGUCGAGGAACCAGAAGAGUACUUUGUUGAGGAAUUGCCACCAGACGAAGUGGAUUUCAAGCUUAAGCCAAAGAAGCAGCCCAAACCAGCCUAUUCCAUUCAAGAUGAAGAGGAAGAACAAUUCCUGAUUGGCAUUCGUCAUCCCAAACGCGAUUCGGUUACAUACGACGAGGACUCUCUUACCUUUAAAAAGAAGCGUAAGGUUGUGCAACAACUUUUCAAUGAAGAUGGAGCUUCUCUUAAUAUUACCAGAGAAAUGAAUGUUGAAGAAUCUGAGAAUCUCAACGUUAUGUACUCUAUCUGCAACUAUAUUGCCGACAACAAUGAGGCUAUAAACCUAGUCGAGGGUGAGAAGGUGACGGUCGUUGGGCGUCACAGCUCUGAGUGGUGGUACGUCAAGAAAAGCACUACGGAAGAGGAAGGAUGGGUUCCAGCUCAAUAUCUGAUGGAGCCCGAGGAAUACGCGCAGUAUGUGCAAAAUAAGCUGCACGAGAAAAUCGAUAAGCUGCCCGUAUUUGAACGUCCUGGACCAGAAGACAAGCCCAUUGCCCCAAGAUUUAUUGAGAAACUACAGCCGAUUCAUACUCCUGACGGCUACACGGUGCAAUUCGAGUGUAAGGUUGAGGGCAAUCCACGACCACAGAUUGCCUGGUUCCGCGAAACUGCUAUUAUCAAGCCCUCCCAAGACUUCCAAAUGUUCUAUGAUGAUGACAAUGUUGCAACCUUGAUCAUUCGCGAGGUUUUCCCCGAGGAUGCCGGUCAAUUCACAGUUGUAGCAAAGAAUGCUGCUGGAUUCACUUCCAGCACAACGGAACUGAUUGUAGAAAGUCCACUAUCUGAUCACGGCUCUGACGCCACAGCUCUUUCACGACGCAGCAUGUCUCGUGAAUCCUCGCUGGCUGACAUUUUGGAGGGCAUUCCACCAACUUUCUCCAAGAAACCCAAGGCUCAAUAUGUGGACGAGAAUACAAAUGUGAUUCUUGAGUGCCGACUGGUGGCCGUGCCUGAACCCGAUAUUGUCUGGACCUUUAAUGGCGAAGACAUUGACGACGAAGAGAUUAAAAACGUUCGCAUCGUUACCGAAUCCGACAUGCACAUGUACUGCAGUGUGGUGCACAUCUCCAAGGUGAAGAAAUCGCAAGAAGGUACCUACGAGGUUAUCGCAACAAAUCGCGAGGGCGAGGCACGUCUGCCAAUCACCCUCAAGGUUCGCACUACCGACAAGGAGGCGCCGCAAAUUCUGGAGCCCUUGCGCAACAUGGUUAUACGUGAAGGCGAGAGUGUCGUACUAUCUACGCAAAUUGUAGGUAAUCCGCCGCCAAAGGUAACUUGGUAUAAGGAUGGCAAGCCCGUCAAGAACGCCAAAUCCGACAAGGAUUUGCAUACCCUAACACUUAUAACACCACAAAAGUCUGAGAAGGGUGAAUACACGGUAAAGGCUGUAAACCCCUUGGGUAGCGUCGAGACCACUGCUAAUCUAACCAUUGAAGAGCCUGCUGGCGGUAAUGCCGAGCCACCACUUUUCGUGGAACGGUUUGAGGAGCAGAAUGUUCCGCAAAAGGGCGAAAUUCGCUUGCCAGCAAAGGUUUCCGGUAACCCGGUGCCUGAGGUUCAAUGGCUCUUUAACAACACACCAUUGUUCCCCAGCGAGCGCAUCCAGCAGGUUUACGAUGGCGAGAACAUCGAGCUUAUCAUCAAGGAUGCCAAUCCAGAAACCGAUUCGGGAGACUACAAAUGUAUUGCAAGCAAUCCCAUAGGUAAAACUUCGCACGGUGCCCGUGUGAUUGUCGAGGUCGAUGAAGUGACGUUUACGAAGAAGCUUAAGAAGACCAUCACCAUUGAAGAGGUGCAAUCUCUCACCCUGGAGUGCGAGACCUCCCACGUAGUUACCACCAAGUGGUUCUUUAAUGGCAAGGAACUUAGCGGAAUGGAUCAUCGCGUCGUGGUUGAGGAUGGCAAGACUCACAAGUUGGUGAUCAGAAACACGAAUCUACGUGACUCUGGAACCUAUACUUGCAAGGUUAAAAAGCAAGAAACUCAAUCGACUGUCGAGGUGUUGCAACGUAAGCCGGACUUUAUAAAGGUUCUGGAGGAUUACGAGGUAACCGAAAAAGAUACCGCCAUUUUGGAUGUGGAGCUUACUACCGAGGCGACUGAAGUCACUUGGUACAAGGACGGCGAGAAAAUCACACAAGAAAACAAGAACGUCGAGUUCAUCAAGGAUGGAAAGGCUCGCCGACUGGUUAUCCGCGAUGCCACCAUCCACGACGAGGGUCAGUACACAUGCAAGAUCGAGGGACAGGAGUGUAGCUGCGAGCUAGUUGUAAUCGAGCUACCACCUGAAAUCGUGGAGCCACUGAAUGACGUUGCAGUGACCAAGGGCGAGAAUGCUGUUUUCGAGGUUGAACUUAGCAAGGGCGAUGCCCUAGUCAAAUGGUUCAAGAACGGCAAGGAAAUUGUGUUCAAUGAGCGUAUUCAACUGGCCAUCGAUGGCAAGAAACAAUCCUUGCGCAUUGUCAAAGCCAAGCCCGAAGAUGUGGGUGAAUACUCCGUUCAGGUGGGCGAGCAGACAUCAAAGGCAAAGUUGACAAUAGAGGAGCCCCUCGUAGACUUCGUCAUCCGCCUGCCGGAUAUCACGCUUGCCACCAAGACAACGGAUGCCGAGUUCACGGUGCAGUUAUCACAGCCCGAUGUCGAGGUAACCUGGUGCAAGAAGGGCAAGCCAAUCAAGCCCAACCAGAAGCACGAGGUAUUCGUUGAGCGCACUGUCCGCCGACUGGUCAUCCACGAUGCUAGCGACGAAGAUGCCGGUGAGAUCAGCUGCGUUGCAGAGAACGUCACAAGCAGUACUAAGCUGUGCGUCGAGGAGCUCAAGCUGCCACCCGUCAUUACCUCUGACAAGGAUCAGACCAUCAAGGUUAAGGAGAACGACGACGUAACCUUCUCUGUCAAGUACACAGGCGUACCAACCCCUGAGGCCUGUUGGACCACGCGCAAGGUUGUCGUACCCAAGUCAAAGCGGACAAUCCCGACCAUCGAUGAGCAGUCAGCCACGCUAACCAUCAAAAAGGUUGUUGACGAUGACGAGGGCGAAUACACCGUCAAGCUUGUCAACCCGGUUGGCGAGGCGGAGGCCAGCCUCCAUUUGGUCAUAAUGCGCAAGCCAACGGCACCUGGCACACCCCAACCCCUUGAGAUAAUGCAUGACUCUAUAACGCUCUACUGGAAGGCGCCAGAGGAUGAUGGCAAGUCGGAAAUUAUUGAGUACAUUCUAGAGUAUCACGAUGUUAAGGAAGAAAAAUGGACUGAAAUUAGAAAGAUCAAGGACACCACGUAUACCAUAAGCAAGCUGAAGAUCGACACGGAGUACGUCUUCCGUUCGAUUGCCGUAAACGAAGUGGGGCCAUCCCCGCCCUCGCCGCUAUCGCCACCCAUCCGACUGGUGCCCAAGGUUGAGACCAAGGCGCCCAGCGUACAAGAACCACUACAGGAUGUGGUUAGCGAACUGGAUAAGGAGGUGACUCUGUCCUGCGUGUUCGGCGGCAUUCCAGAGCCAAAGGUGACGUGGAAGAAGAACGGUCAGGUGUUCGAAUCGAGCAGCAUACGCUACGAAAAUCGCGUGGCCAAGUACACCAUUGAAAAGACAACCAUUGAGACUGAAGCCACCUACACGUGCGUGGCGACCAAUGAGAAGGGCUCCGCGGAGACCUCGUGUCGCCUAAAACUGCAGCAGAAGCCGGUCCUCGAGGUGGAGGACAAGUACUUGACGCAGAAGCUGCGCACGGGCAGCACUCUCACCAUUCCAGCGACGGUCCGCGGCUAUCCACAGCCCACUGUGACCUGGCACAAGGAGACGAUCGAGCAGAAGACCACCAAGUCGGUAACCAUUGAGACCACGGAGACCACUUCCACUUACACAGUAAAGAAGGUGACCCGCGAACAAUCCGGCAAGUACAAGGUGACCGCCAGCAAUGAGUCGGGCACUACGUACGUAGAGUGCACUGUUCAGGUGAUCGAUAAACCCAGCAGACCCCAAUCUCUGGAGAUCAAGGACAUUAAAAAGGACUCCAUUGUCCUAGAGUGGACCCCACCAGUCGAUGAUGGAGGUCUGGAUAUUGAAAAGUAUACGCUGGAGAAGUGCGACGUUCAAAACAAUGUUUGGAUGAAGGUGUCCGACUUUAACAAAGACAUUAAAUCGUAUGCUGUUCAGAAACUGUCGAUGAACGCGCAAUACAUGUUCCGUGUGGUGGCCGCUAAUCCUAUUGGCGAGUCUGAGCCAACGGAAAGUGAUCCAGUUACUAUAACGAAGAAAUUCGAAAAACCAUCGCCUCCUCGUGGUCCUACCACAGUGUCGGGCAUGAACGACACCUCCUUCAAUUUGGCUUGGGAGCCAUCGGAGACCGACGGCGGUUCAAAGAUCAUAGAGUAUAUCGUGGAGAUAAGGGAAGAGACUGAAACCACCUAUCGAUCGGUGGGCGUAACCCUGGGCACUGUGACCAACAUCCACGUGAAGAAGGUUGUCAGGAACAAGGGCUACUUCUUCCGCAUAUAUGCGAAAAACGAGGUUGGCACAAGCGAGGCGUUUGAGACCACGGAGAAGAUUGUCAUGGGCCGCAAAAUUACGCCGCCAUCGCCACCUCAAAACUUGAGGGCCCCAGAUGUCACUAGCCGAAGUGUUACAUUGGAUUGGGAGGUGCCAGCUCGCAACGGCGGAUCAGAGAUCACGGGCUAUUGCGUGGAGAAACGUUCCUCAACAUCUACAAACUGGACAAAGGUUAUUACACUGGAUGCUCACCAGCUGCACUACACGAUUGACAAUCUGAAAGAGAAGUGUGAGUACUGGUUCCGUGUGUCAGCGGAGAAUGAGGUUGGAUUAGGUGCACCAGCCGUCACCGAGAGCAUAUCGCUCAAGACACAUGCAACCGUACCCUCACCACCCACCGGCCCACUGGAGGCGCGCGUUCUCGCCGCCAAUGCCCACAUAUUCGAAUGGGGUUUACCCGAGUCAGAUGGAGGUGCGCCUCUGCUCGGCUACCACAUUGCUAUACGUGACAUGAAGAAGACCAUGUGGAUCGAGGUGGGUCGUGUGCCAGCUGGCGUGCAGAAGUUCCAGAUCAGAGACCUGCAGGAGAACCACGAGUACAUGAUUCGCAUAUUCGCGAAGAACGAGAUUGGUCUGAGUGAACCUCUGGAAUCGGAGGAGCCCUACAAGGCUAUGACUGCUGGUCAUGAGAGCCUGCCGGACGAGCCGCGCACGGAGAUGAGUUCGUGCAACACCUCCUCGUGGCUGCGUGACCACCACAUGGAUGCGGAUAUCCAUUCGUAUGCCCGCGGCAGGCUGCUUCAACGCGAUGAGUACUUCUUCCGGUUGUGGGCGGAACUACCCAAGAGCAAAAAGAAGAAGAGCUCCAAAUAGUCGGUGAACGACAACGAAAUAAGAAACACUUUAGUCGUAGGUUAAGCGUAUUUCAAUUGUAUUUUAUAUAACAACAACGCAACGGGGAGAGCCCCCUUGAUUUUCUAGCUUUUUGUACUUUAGUAGAGAUGACGAAUGUGAGGAUGGUGUAAUGUAAUGUGGCAUCCCAUUGAUAGCGAUGCCCACGACCCCCGAUCAAAGAGUGCGAGCGAAGAAUAAACUUAAUGCUCGGGUGCGUGGGCGUGGCUCAAUGCAUCUGGAUGGCCAUUACGCCAUCCAAUUAACGGACAUAAUUUUAGAUUUUUCAUUUGCAUAGAGUUCAUUUUUGGUUUUAUAUUGUUUUACUUGUGCCUUAUUUUUGUAAGCUGUGAUAAAUCUAUCAAAAUCGAAAGCGUCAAACGAAGCAACAAAACACUAAACUGAAUAAAAAUGCCACCAAGCGCGAAUCCAUCGGCAUCGGGCAACGGGAGCCAACGAGCCACAACCCUCCAAGCCCCAGUGCCAUCCCCAUCCCAGGCAGCGUAACUCAAUAUCCUCUCGGGAGACAAAACAACAAAUGGUGCAAUUCGAUAUGAGUUAUUCCUGGGGAGUGUGUUGCGAGUCGCUGGCUGCCGUUGCCUUUGUCCUGGAUCCGCCUUGGUUUAAAUUUAUGGCAUAGGAAUAUGAGAGAGUAUAUACUCGUGUGUCUUUAAAGUUACCAGAGCUAAAUAAAUAAAAUGUAUAAAAUAUAA